AUGGCUCAAAACGGUGCAAGUACCUUCGCGAAUGGCGGUAGGAAACCCUCUAACAAACCAAGAUCCGAUGCAUUUUCUUUGCCAGGGAUUGACGAAAAUGAGCUUCGCGCUCGUAUUUAUGCAAAACCACAAUUAAAACCAAAUCCAAAGGCUCUUAGAUUCAGUGGUCCGACCCCGGUGCAGCUCAAAAAGGUAAGCUCGAGUGUGAAAUACCUACUUCAUGUAGCUAUUUUUUCCUAAUUAUGGACGUGCGGAGUAACAUAAUAUUCUUUAGAGAAGUUUAAACACGAACAUUUUUUCAGCAGAGCUUACAUAGCUUUGAAAAAUCGUCAUCAAAAUAUACAAGAAAUGACCCUUCCCUCCAGAAAAUUGAGUCUCAACCCCGAAAGUUAAACAAUUUUGUGAUUCAUUUCUCAACUCUCUUUGUCAUAUUAAGAAAAGAAGAUGAAUGCCUACACAGCUACAGUUAACUUUAUGCGCAAGCUAUAAUAAUGACCUGUGACACGUCUUUCAAGUUUUGUUAAUGAUACUGUAGUUUAGGUUUACUUAUUUCUGCGUGUUCGUCUCUUGUGCAACAUUUUGGCAAUUUUGCGAACUAAUGCUGCGUGUGUGGGUCCUGUGUACACUAAGGUACAAUUUUAACUGCCUACAACAUGUUUGGUAGACUUUGAUUGAUGGCUGACUUACAGUUAAAUCAUAUACUGGUUAGUUUUCCUACACUAUGAUUUAUUUUCUGUUGUUAUUCUUCAGAAUAUACCAACAGCACCAAGACUUGAGCCCUUGGUAAGUUGAAAAACUAAUUAAUUGAGAUAAAAUGUAGCAGUAAUCUCACCAGUACCAUAGUUAAGAAGUGAUGAAAAAUUAUUAGGCAAUGUUCAAUUUUUCAAAGGGCAGAUAACACUAUUCACUCAGGAUAAAUUUAUCUCCACUCAAUAGUGCAGUUACUAGGUUUUUUAGUUGACACUUAUCUCCUGGAUAGUGAUUUAUCUGUCAAAUCACUUUAUCUGCCCUUGGAAAAAUUGUGCCCAGCCAUAUAAAGGUCACUAAAUAGUUACUAAAUUUAUUGCUUUCCUAAACUUUUGCAAAAUGCUUCUUAUUGUUAGAGAAAAAUAUUGUUUUCCUUUCAAGGUCGAUUCAAGUACUAACUGAACCAUAACUUUGCAGUUAAUUUAUCAGUGGUUGUAAAUAACAAAUACAAACAAUAAUGGAAUUUUUUUUUCUUUCAGCCAAACCUUGCUAGAUAUCAAGAAAGGCAAAAAAGUCUUCCCUACACUCCUACUUCAGGGAAGACAAAAACCCCAACACCACCCUCCUCUUCUGAACCAGAAAAGAAGAAGGCAUGCCGAAGGGAUGUGGUAGAACCUCUUGAGCGAGUGACAUCUCCAUUACCAAGCCUACCAGAUGAUCUAAAGAAUAAACAAGACAAAAUUGACUCAGUAGCUCAGGUUAAUGCUAGGACCCCUCAAAGAAAGGGUUCACCAAAGCAGAAAACAAAUGGUCAUGCUUUUGCAAAUGGAGGAGCUGUAGUGGAGAAGACUGAUGUUAUACCAGAGGGAUUGAGAGAUCCACUUCAGAUCAUCAGUUUGAUCAAGGAGAACUCUAAACUGGGGUUUCUUUACAUGACACCUGCUGUUGAUAGGUCAUCAAUAGAAUACAACCCAUACAACCUUAAGUAAGUAUUUAACAAUGCAUAUAUUUUUGUAAGUAUAGGAAUGUUUCUAGGUUCAGUUCUCUCAUCAUAAGACAACUGAGUGUGUCAGUUACUUACAAAUUGUUUAUGACCUUAUUCCUUGUUGGAAAAGCAAAUGAUAAGUAAAAUCUCUUUUGACAACUGGACACAAAAUUCACAGUGUUCUGUUCAUUCACACUAUACUAUCAACAUUGCUGAUUCUAGCCUGAAGCAGAAUGCAUGUCACGAACCUAGCAACGGCCUUGCCCACCACAGGGUUCUCUGUUGCUCAGAGAUAGAGCAAAUUAUGACACAUGAAAUCCUAUGGUCUUUCAUCUGAUUCCUCAUAGAAUUUAAUUUUUUUUUGUCUAACACUUUCUUCAAGAAACAUAUCUUAUCACUCACAUUGACACCCUAGCAGAUAAAAAAGAGGAUCAUACACAAAUGUCCCUCACAUUUGAAUCACCUUGUGUGCCCGUGACCUGUAAAAUAUUUUUUCGUGUUGAGGCAGGGGGCAGCAUCUAAACCUUGACAUCUUUCAGGAUGAGAUGUCCUGAUAUUUUUAGUUCUCUCUUUUCUAAACAUAAUAAUUGCAUCAUACAAGUACCUGGAUUGCAAAUCUUUAUCCAUUUAAUUGAAGAUGCAGGAAUCAAAAUAUUUCAUGUACAUUGUAUGUACAUGUAAUUUAAGAAGACUAUUGUGAUGUUGGACGUAUCUCAUACUAUAGUGUAUUAUUAAUUAUUUUUUAAAAUUAUUACCACUUUACAGUGUUUGAUUUUAAGAUUUAUGAGUCAGUGACAUUCAACUGAUCUGUUUAAUGAAAGGUUUUUUCAUACAACUGAAAGUUUAUGUUUUCCUUUAAUUAACAGAAUUGUAAAGCAUUCAGAAAUUGACCAUUCAGAUUACUACACCAUAAGUUUUAAAGGAGUAACUCACACUUGUGACAAUGAAGCAGAGUUUACUGGUCUUGAACGCUGGGAGAAGGAAUACAAGGACUACAAAAGACUUGUCAAAAUUCCAACAUUUGCUAACUUUAGGAUGUGGAAGGCAUUUGUUGUCUGGAGAAAGAAUGUCAAGACAAAGUAAGUCAUUAACAAAAUCUGUAAACUAAACAAAGAAACUAGUAGAUGUGCAUCACAUGUGUAAGUGUUGAGGCAAGCUGAUGUCUUUGUGUGUCUUGUAUCCCCUUAUAACCUUGCAAAGUUAACUAUUUACACCCUAACAUCAGUAUGCAUGUUCUCCAUACUGUUCUCUGUGCAUCUCCAAAGGUGCUGACAAGGAGAAUUUGCUUAACAAUCCAGAGUUUCUGUAGUUAUUGAUCGUUGCCAUUAUUCUCAUUACCUUGAUGUCUAAUUCAAGGAGUCGUACUAUAAGGAGAAAUUGGAUAUUAGCCCCUAUUAGGGGGUUAAAUGGUUAAUGGAUGUUCAAGUCAAUAAAAGAUCCUUGCAGGGGGUUUGUUAUUAAAAAGUUGGAGUAAAGAAGCCUGAAAAAAAUUAUUGCUUGAACGGGUUUUGAGCUCAUGCCUCCCAGAUACUGGUUGAGCAAUACUAUGGACUGAGCUACUAAGCCACAGUUUGGGAGUAAGGCAAAGUUCUUGGGUUCUUCACAAUUUAUUUAAUUAAAAUUAUGAUCACAUUCCUCUGCAGAAACUAAAGCCUUACUAGAAUCUGUCUCAUUCCCAAUGUGCGGCUUAGUUGCUCACUUGGUAGUAGUGGCCAACUGCUACAGUACAUGUUUCUUGGAAGCUCAGUUUCAAAUCCCUUUGAAGCUUGAAUUCUUUCUUCAGGCUUCUUUUCUGCAAUUACUUAAAUUGCAGCCCACCUGCAAGCAGCAUUUAUUUACUGAAAUUUGAUCCACAAGUGAAAAAACAUAUAUGAUUUAUUUUACUAAAAUUGUUAAUGGAUGUUGUGGUAAUGGCAUUGCACAAUGCUAUUAUCAAAUAGAAAACAUAUAUUUAGAGUAUACUUACACAUGAAUACCAAGAAAUGACAACUCUCAGUUUGUUGCAAUCCAGUUAUAUUGUUUAAUGAUUGUUGUUUUCAGUCUGACUUCAAUUUUACAUCCAUCAAGCUCUUAACUGACAGAGCUACACCCUGUAGUUUUUGAGAUCUGUUGAGUACUGUUUUAUGAACCAGGAAGAAGUGGACUUUGACAAGUUCUUUAAUGAAUGUUUCCCUUUUUUACUGGAGGACUUAAUAACGUAUCUCCUCUUUCUCACAAACACAGAAAAGUGACCCAGUGUAAAAAUCAACUACAAGAGAAUCUCUUCAUUGUAAAUGCUGUAAGUACAUGUAAUACUAAUUUAGUACACUUUUUGGAAUUUUUUCUUAGAUAUUUUGAUGUAGAGUCCUAAACAAUGAAUAUGAGAAUUUAUCUUUUGUCAGUCAUUACGCCCAGCUUUGUUGAAUGUGCGAGAGAUGUGUUACCGCAUCAGUGACAUGGGCCUGUGCAGAGUAGAGAAAGGGCACACUUACACAUUGGAUGAGUUCAGGAAUGCUCAGUUUGAGCAGCUUGAAGAAGUAUGUAGAAGAAAUUACUAUUAAUUAAUCAAUGAUAUGUUUUAUAACUCUCUGUCUAGAGCUCUAAUAGUGUGAUAUUUACAUUUGUAAGCAAAUUAAUCCUUGUCACCAUGAGCCAUUUCAUUAUUGUAACACAAAAUAAGACUUGUUAAUUACUUCCAAACUUGUUAAACCAUGAACACAUGGAAUGCAUGUGGAGUGCCUUGUUUUAACACCCAACCCUUGAAAAAGCAAGACAUGUAAGUAAACCACCAACCACAGACCAGCUGGUGUUACUUUAUACAGUUACAGUUUCUCACAACUACAGCACUGGUAAUUGGCAUAUUUUCAGCAGCACAAUUGCAUACAUUAGUGCACUUAAUUUUCUUAUUUAUUAUGAUCAUUUCAAUUAUACAUGUAGGUAGAGACUGAAGUGAUUUUUGGGUUGCAUCCUGAGUCUUGGGACUGAUUUUGGGUCUAGUUUUACAUUUAUAUCCUCAGUGUGAGAUAUGAGAUUAAGCUGUCUUGUAAUGUUUGACCUUACUCAUGCCUCAUUGUGACUUUUAUGCCUGAAUAAAUCAUGUUUCACUUGGCUCUUUUAGUUGCCUUACGUAAAAUUAAUCAUUUUAUCAAAUUGAUAAAGUCAAAUAUUGCAAAAAUAUUUUUCAGUCGCUGAAAUGUGGAUAUUUUUGUAUUGGCAGGUGGCUGGAAGAUUAGCAGAGUUCCGUGACCUUGUCAAAGAAGUUGUCAGAAGUGCAUGUCGAACAGCUCUGCUAGAGGCUGGGUUCACACCUGAUGAUUAUUUCAUGGAUAUGGAAAGUCCUAUGGGCAUGUAUGCAGGUUAGUAUGAAAUUAUGAUUAUUGACGUCUCAUUUAUAGACUGAGGUGCCACUCUCUAAGAUGAUUGAAUUAUAGCAGAGCUUGCUUAGCGUAGCCCCAUAAUAAUACAAAAUAGUAGUAACCCAUCAAGCUGAAAAAAUUUGGAUGUAUGACUGAACAACCAUACAACCGUACAAGGUGCUACUUUUAACAUGCGUGAUCAACUGUACCGUGGGCAUGCCAUCACCACAGCUUUAUUCAGUAGUUCAGUGGUCAGUGCACAGGGCUCCGAGUCAGACGACCUGGGUUCUAGUCCUGGCCAAGACGUUGUGCCCUUGAGACGUGCGGGACAAAAAAAAUGGGAGCUCUGCUUUUAGGCUUGGCUUAAUCUUUAUAUUAAUAAUUUUAACACCUCAGCAUGGAAAUGAGUUCAGCUAUUUAAUACCCUGGUAGUUCCUUCAUAUAUAUCAAAAUGCAUGCAAUGUUAUUUUGAACAGUUUAAAAUGCAAAAUAUUUAACACAAAAUGUUUCAUCCCAAAGAAAAUUUGAAUCAUCAGCAACAGGUCAUUUUACAUACUUUUUCUCUAUCCAGUAGAGGUUUGUUGUACAUCUUCUUUGUUGUAAGAAUGCUUAGUCUUCGAAGCAUUUUAGUUUACAUGUCAACACUUAACAAAUUAUACAUGUUCUGGAGUUAUUUCUUGUAAAUUUUUAAUGAUUCUUUGGACAGAUGAAUAUGGAGGCCCUGCACAUUCAAUGUCCUCCUAUCUUAUGCCAAGUGGGUAUGAGAUGGAUAUGUAUGGUGAUGCACCAGACAAGAUGACUUACACAGAGCAGGCUAACAAAAGAAGCCACUGUAAAAGACUUACAAGGUAAACAUUAGUUGUGUCAGAGUUGCUCUAUAAAUGGAUCAAGACUGGCAGUUCCUCAGGAAAGAAAAAAUGAAUUGAGAUGAAAGACCUGUUAUUUCAAGAUGAAUUUACAGUAAUGUCUUUUAAGAUACUUGCAUAAAUACAGACUUUCUAUUAUGUUUUACUAUGUACUUGGAAAAGCCUAGCUAAUAAUAGCAUUCCAAUCAUUGUUAUGACAAUAGAUUGUACAAGAUCUGAAAUAAACAUUUUCAAGUAUGUGUAUUGUAACUUUUUGGGAACUUUUUUUGAGCAGAGCUAACCAUAGAAUGUUACUUAAAAGUAUAUUCUAGUAUGCUUUUUCAACACUGUACACAAUUAUGGCGCUACUUGACUAAUUGCUACUCUCAAAAAGUGGGUAAGGAGGGUGUCAGGUAAUUUUGCAGCCUUGCAAUCUGAAAACAGAUUGGCCUCAAAAUUGAAUAAUUUUUAUUUAUGUUGCUAUGAAUUUGUUUUCAGCUUUAUCCGGCUUGCUGACUACCUCAUUGUGAAUACCAUGCAUGUCCUUGCAGCAAACUCUGUAGCAACUCUGCUAAACUAUUUGGAGGAACAACUACAGCACACACCCACCCCUGCACAAAUCCAGGGAACAAGUGAAGAAAUGGAGCAAGAAGAAGAGAAACCAGAAGGGGAGGGUAUAGAGCAAAAGGUGUUGCCUCAAUUCACAGUUUAUGAUUUUAUAAUUUACUUACUAUAGUAGCAGUUAGUUCUUAACUAAAACUUAAGAGUACACUAAAUGUGCAGAUGUAUGAAAGUGCUUGGGGCCAAUAUUCGUUGUUACCUAACUCUUUUCUCUGACUGCAGAAUAUUACUAUACAUGUUUUGGGUGAAUCUAAACAAUUUAUUGUUAUGCUGGAAGGAUAUCCUACUCAAGAUAUCUCUGGGUGGUAGUGAUUCUUAAAUUAUUUGUGUCACCCAAUUAACCACAAAUUGUGAUUAAUUGGGUGAGUAAGAAGGGCUCAAUUUUCAUGUUAAUGUGACCCUGGUAGAUCCUAGGAUAACAUCAUGCUCCUUUUUUAUUGCAGGAUGAACAAGGGGAACUCCAUCCAUUGUAUACCACAGAGCUGCUUCUUGAGCCUCAAAUGCUGCUUUUCUCCCCUGGAUUAGAUGACUUUCAGGAUGGACUAGGGGAAGUCAUCAAAAAGUUUCAAGAUGCUGUCCUAAGUGUUCAAAACCUGGUGCCAGACCCAUAUUUUGAUGCUUUCACGCAGUAAGUUUUAAGGGUUGUCCAAUAAAUCUAAAAGGAGUCAAUUCAACUAAGGCUGUCUUUGAAUCAACUGGGAUUUAGUCAUCUCGUGUUACAGUAACCCACCAUGUGUAUUAACCCACCAUUCGACUUCCAGUGAGUCUAUUCAUCAACUACCAUAGACAAAUUGAGUGAGAUUGGGUGUAUUGGACAUGUUUGAAAGUUUCAAGGUCUAGUAAGAAUAACAUGUAGCUGGAAGCCGAAAGCCAGAUAUGUCUAUUCUUUGAUGUUCUCCAUUAUCUUCAGUCAUGGAAAACUUACAGUAAAUACAGUGCUGUUUAAGCUCAUAUAAACCUUAUAAACUGAAGACAGAGUAACGUUUUAAAUCUGUGAAAAAUACAUUAUUUUGACUUCUAAUUUUUGUUGCAACAUAGACCUUUCAUCAAUGGUAAAGUUGAGGAGAAAACAGCUGGUGAUGGUCCUAGUCUGGCCACCAUGUUUGAGGAUGAUAGACAUCUUCAGGGAAUUAUACAGAGUAUCAAGGUACGUGGUUUUAAUAUUUAUGAGUGGUGAAAAAAAAAUGGAAAUUUUAGCACAUGAUAUUUAGAUGAGAAAUAAAGGGGUUGAGUCAAACUUCAAAGUAUUUUGUAAAUGGUUUAGGGUUUCAUCUGAAUGAUGAUAUGUGGCUAUUGACUGAGUGGGAGGACCAGACAGAAAGAUAUUUGGCAUAAGGUCAUGACUUACAGACUGAUGGCUGUGAGGUCUGUGCAUCAUGACCGAAAGUAAAAUAUUUUCAUGUCUGUUGCUCAAAACACAGUCAGAUUUUUAUCAUAUGUUAACUGCUAAGUCUUAUAAUUUUUGAAAUCAUGUUUGAACAUAGAUAGGAUGUGAUAAGAAUUAUUAGAAGGGCACACACUUCACAAAUACAAGCAAGAUUCUACAAUAAAAGCUUUCACUUAAUUUCUUUGCACACCCAAUUAGAGUUCACAAUCUCAGAUGAUGUGACAGAGCAGGGCUACACAGCUUUCAUCAUGAUUUUCUAUAGUAUUGUGUAAGCAGUGCUGAAGGUCAUAUGAUUAGCAAUUAUUAUUUUUGAAGGUGUGCCUCAUCUAUCUGGGAAAAUGUGUCUCAUGACGUAGCCUUUAUGAAAAUCAAGUUAAUCUGCUUUUUCACUUUUUCAUGAUUUGAACAAUUCUAAUCAGAUGUUAUUCAAAAGUUUGCUUUUGUGUACAUACUUUACAUCUGCACUAUUUUUCUUAUUAUGAAAUGCAAAGAUUUGUUCAAUUAAUGGGUGUUUUCUUUUUAUUUAGGAUGCAAUUUCCUCAGCAUUUGACUCUGCAUGGCAGUAUGCCAAUACAUUUGAACCUUAUCGCCAGUUUUACCAAGAGAAUGAGAGUUUGGAUCUUGAAGGAAUUAGACAAGAAGAGCAUGGUAAUAAUGAUGACAAAUACCCUUUUUAUGUUUGUGUUUUGACAGAUAAUUCUAACCUAAGAAGUGGUUAUCUAAAGGAAUAAAUUUUUUUUAUUUUGUAAAUCAGAUGUUCACUUCUUCUCAAACUCACUGGACAAAUACAAUAGUGAACAUGAACAAGCAGUCAGCAUUUUGGAACACAGACCAAUUGGCAUGAUCCUUGUUGAUUGUAAGAAGUUGAAAGAAGUCCUUAUUCCAUCACCACUGAAAUGUUUAGAGGUAAGUGUGGUCCAAAUUUGUUCCAUUGCCCAUCUCCCUGGAUAUUUCAUCAGCUGGGUUUGGAGAUUCUUUGUGUAUGGUUUUAUGACAAACAAUUAUUAAUGAUCUUGACAAAAUAUUGUAUUGUUUCCAUUUUCCUUGUUGCAAUAUGGAAGUAGUUGUUCUUAAGUACAUGUAACUUUUCAGUGAUAGGUAACUUGUUCAACUAAGCAUCAUGUGCUAUUUUGUUGGUAGAUGUACAUGUACAUAAUGUAAGCACUCUUUCUCUUAUUGUAGGUGAUAAAUGAUAUAUUGCCUAAGUUGGCCAAGAUGCGAACAGAUACAUUGAUGGAAUUCUGUCAAGAUGCUCAGUUUAAACUAGAAGCUGUGCCUAGUAGCACCACAGAAUAUGUUGAGAGCCUUUCAUUUCUUGACACCAUUCAAGAGAAGGUAGUGUCUUUUCAGUAGUCUUUAUUUACAUACCACAAAUAGCAUCAAACUGAUUAUCCUCAUUCUUUAUCAGGGUGUGUUACUUUGAUAUUACCUACAUGUAGAGCAAGGUGAAAUCAUGAUAUUAUGCUAAUUUGUUCAUGUGCUGAAGUUUAGUUGUAAAUGUAAAUACAGCACUACAAAAGUAAUGCGGUAUUUGUGUGCUAGUAUUACACACUGCAUAGCUAGCUGUACAGCCUGUCAAUCAUGUGAGUAGUCGGGUGUCAUUGCUGUCAAAUCUCUCAGGAAGUGCUCUGUACUUUUCUGAAACACUGUUAAAUCUAAUCUGUAAAGAAUACUGAAAAUAAAAUGGUAAGCUGUACUACAAGUAGGUCUUGUCAGUCCUAACAUUUUCAGGAUCUAACCUGUGUUCCACCUAGUGAAUCAAUGUGAGUUAUUACUUUUUUUUUAGGUUGAUGAUAUUGAAAGAGAUGCUACUGUUGUAAAAGAGCUGUAUGACUUGAUUGAGACAUACAAAGUACCAACGCCACCUGAGGAUCUUGCUGUGUACCAGGUAUUGGUUCUGUCUGUAGAAUUAAGAUUUAAAGUGGCAAAUAGAACUGUAGUGUGAGUGUCCAAAUCAGAGAUCCUGGCCUUGGCAUCAAAGCACACACAUUGAUCACAGUUUAAUUAUCAAAGUGUUUUUCUAUGUGUCAGUGACCUCAAGAUAAGGUGAUCAUCAUCACCUGUCAAAACUACAUGUAUUGAGAAAUUUGGAAUGCUUUUGUAAACCAUUUUUUUUAUAGUGGCUGGUUACUUCGUCAAAGUUGGAUUUUACAUGUUGCUAAUAUUAAGUACCAGAAGUCCUUGAACAGUUAAAAAAACUGAAUAAAUUCCAUGAUCCAUGUAGACUCUGAGGCCCACAGUUACAGCAGUGCGUAAUGUAAUUGACAAAUCAUUAGCUGAGAGGGAUGCCAAUAUUGACAAGAUGUGUACACACAUUGACAAAGAUAUCGUGGUACUGGGUAAGGAGGUGAAAGAGGUGAAACAAAAAGCACAGGUUGGUGUAGCAAAUUAUUGUUUACAAAGGUUAUUGAGUUAACACUAAAUACACUCAGCACUUAUGAAAAAUAUUUGUACUGUACAAUUAGAUUUGUUUUAAUCAUUUGUCAUUUCAAAUGGAGUAAUGAAAGCCAAGAUAAACAUCUCACUUAAGGGUUGAAAGCUGUUAUUUCUGAAAAUGACUGAAGGCUGUCACUUUGCCUUUGCAAACAAUGAAUGAUCCCUCAUGUGUAUGGUAGUGGUACCUUUCCUUCUCUGAGGUGAAGAUGGAAGUCUUCAUUAUCCUCUCUUCCUAUUUUGUGAUCAAAUCCUGCUUUUGGAAGACCUAAAAGUUUCUGGCCUCUGUAGGAAAAAUUUAGAACUCAGAUUAAAAUUACUGGAGGAAAAUUUAAUACCAUUUAAGCUUAAGAUAUGUUUUCUAUCUCUAGUUAUCUUUUAAAAUGGAAGUAACCAAGAAGGAAGUCAGUGUUUAGUGUCUUGGCUAGUAUUUCUUUGUUUUCAUGAUGAUACUACAAGACUUAUUUCUGUUACAGGACCCCAAGAUUUUGGAUUCCAGUUCACAGUCACAGGACAUUAUCCACUACCUUGAAGUUCUCAUAGAGAAAAUGGAUAGCCUCAACAACCUGGCACUCACAUACAAAUCACACCAGAAGAACUUCAAGGUAUUUAACAAGGAUCAUGAACUAAUAGCUUUCACUGGCCUAUACAACAUAACCAGAUUAUUAGGGACUUUUCUGAGUUGCAAAUUAGCUUAAGGGUUCCUUUUUUCAGUCCUUGAAAUGCAUAUUUUUUUUAUAGACAUAUUUAUAUGCAAACAGCUUUUUGUUUAUAGAUUCUUUUGACCUUCUGGCAAUGGCUUCAUGAAUUUACCGGAAAACUUCCUCAAUAAUGCAUUUUUCAUUUGAGCUUCUCCUUGUCUGGCAUUAGAUUAGAGCUAAUAAAAACAUAAUCUUGUACUGAUGCUGUCAUUUAAAGAAUGCAAGAAUGAGGUUUAAUCUAACAAGUCUGCACUACACAUAGGUUGAGGUGGCCAAGUUUGAAGAACUUGAAGAAGUUCAUGCAGAGCUCAAGCUCAAACAGGCAUUGUGGAACUCACUUGUGGAAUGGGAUGUUGUCACUGAUGAAUGGCUUGAGGUGGGUGUUACUAUCGUGCAUUCUUUUUGUUGAAAUGUCAUUGAAAAACAUCUUAUGAAACACUUUAAAUCCUUUCCAGUUGAGACUUUAUCAUGCAAAGUUGUUACACAUUUGUUCAAUUAAGUAUUUCAGUGGUUGGCAAACCUCAGUACAUACAUGUACUGGUACAGUUGGACCUCAAUUAUCUGGAUUUCUUGAUAAUCCAGACAUUUUCUCUGAUCCCAAUUUUUUUAUGAAUAUUUAUUAGUCAUGAUUAAGAUCCAUAACCAUGUUUUUUAAAACUAUAGUGUUGAAAAGUGAAGUAAAUGCAUGCUUGUUUUGCUUUCAAAAAGCAAAAGCAGCACUCGCGUGCCUGAAGUAAAUAUAAUGAAGAACGUUUGAAUGAGGUCUGAUUGGCUUAAAGUUGCUUUGUCGCUAAGUGAGAUUUUUCCCUCUAUUGGUUUGUUUGGCGUCGUAUGCAAGAUAAACAAGAUACACAGCAUCACAAAUAUUUAUUCAUGAUCAUCGUGUCCUUGAUUUUAAAUGUUUUGUUUGAUGAUGAAAUGUCGCUUUCUAAAUUUAAUCAGGCUUUGUUCCUCACUAAUAAUCAUAUUCUUGGUUAUCUGGACUUUUUCAUGUAGUCCCAAUGAGUCUGGAUGAUUGAAGUUCAACUGUUAUUAAUCUCAAUGAAAUUUUAGUCGUCUGUCUGUUGGCUUGUCAUUGUUGUUUUCUUUUUUCCUUACAAAAAUUUUAAUUUCUUUGACAGCUAAUUGAAAUUGAAUCUAUUUUCUCAAACUGAAGAAGUUAACUGUGCAUGAAAAAUGUUUCAGCUUCCUUUUGAAGAGCUCAACCCAGAAACUCUGAGCAACCAAGUGAUGAAGUAUGCUAAGACAGUUAUGCAAUUGGAGAAAGGUUUGCCUCCCAACUCAGUGGUGCCAAUACUGAAAGAUAAAGUGGAAGGGAUGAGGCAUAAGGUAGAUUUUUAUGAUUAAAAAUUACUGGUAAACUAAUAACUUUUUCUUUUUCAUAAAAGCAAUAGAACCCACUCAAGUGAAGACAUGACAGCAAGGCUAAAUUUACGUGUUGUAUCAUUUUCUUUGAAUUGUACUCCAUCUUCAAAUCAGUUUAUUUUUUAUUCUUAUAUCGUAUAGAUAUGAAUAUUGAUUAUUUUUAGAGCAGUCUCAUGGCUUUAAAGUAGUUUGAAAGAAUUUGAAUUUAAAGGAGACAUAAAACAAUGAUCACAAAUGAAAAUGCAUUUCAAUGUGAAGAAAAGGCUGAUGAAAUACAGAAAUGAAGAGGAAAUUUUAAAUCUAAUUGUUUCUCUGCAUCUAUAUUUAGACCAGUAGAUUUGAAUAAAAUCAUCAUGAUGUGAUUGAACCACAGCUGUAAUGGUUAAUUAACCUUCAGUGAAUGCUUUUACUUAAAUAUUUGCUUCAUCGAAAAAACACGAGCUAAAUGACAAGUGAAAUUAGCUUGAGUUUUUACUGUUUAACAGUCAGGUUGUGAUUAAGAGAAGUAGUGGUUUGAGCUUGUCAGUGGUAUGCUGUAUAAAAGUUCAUUUUCCAUACUUACGCAUAUGUGUUAUUGACUUGGUUUAAUAUAGUUACCAGUCAUAACCAACCUGCGUAACCCAGCUCUGAAACCUCGCCACUGGGAGCACAUUCAACAGAUCUUUGGUUACCACUUUACUGAGGAAGAACCACUUACUCUGGGAUUACUCAACAAGAUUGAUGCAUUUGAUCAUACAGAAGCUAUUGAAGAAGUCUCCGGGCAGGCGUCUAGUGAAGCAUCACUUGAAGGAAUCCUCAAAAAGGUUUUGACAAAUAAUCCUGCUAGUGACUUUGUUUUGUAUUUUUAUCAUAAAGCUGAAUUGAGGAGGCUCCAUAGGGUUUUUGACCGCGCGAGAUCUGGAUCGCAAACAUAGCGCGAACUUCAAAAAUGCCAACAAGCUAAACAAAUAUGGCGUUCGAAACGAUGGCACAGUUUUUGCUAAAAAGGUUUAUGAAAUAAUAAAGAUUUUCUGUAAUGAACUCCAGGGUUCUUGCAACGAUGUUCAUAAUAUCCAUAGGCCUCCUAUGCUUAAAAAAAUCGGUAGAAAGGAAACCACCGUGGGAAAGAUCGCGAAUAGGCAAAUCCAAAGUUUACGCAUGCUCAGAUAUCGAAUUUGACAAAGUUAUAUAUUUUAUGACGUAAUGUUUAGAUGUCGCUGAAGUUAAAAUAACAAUCUUGGCAAGUGGGCUGCAAUUAAAGUAGUCACGGAAAAAGCUGAUACAUAAUAUUUUUUUUUCUUGUAAUGUUGUUCAGGUUGAAGAUUCAUGGAAGCAAACAGAAUUCAUUGUGUUACCCCAUCGUGACUCCAAAGAUGUUUUUAUCUUGGGUGGAAUCGAUGAUAUUCAGGCUCUGCUUGAUGACAGCAUGGUGAUUAGAAUUUUUGAAACAUUGUUUUAAACUGAAAGGGAAUGAUCGGUCAUUUGUGUUAACUCUCUUCACUUUCUCUACAGAUAAAUAUAUCCACUAUUGCUGGUUCUCGACAUGUUGGCCCAAUCAGACCAAGAGUGGAUGACUGGCAAAGGCAACUUCACCUCUUUAGUGAAACACUGGUAAGAUUUGAUUAAUAUCUACUUUCCAUAAUUAUUGUUACUUGCAUAUGAUGCCUUGAAAUCAUGCAUUUGCCAGUUUGUCUGAGACAAGAAGUCUUCGUCAAGGAAACCAAAACUCAUAAAGCGCUCGUUUGACUGGAUGGGUGAACAUGCGAACACAACGCAAAAAGAUUCAAAUGUCAAGACUUACCAGUCCUAUGGAGGAGUGGAAUGAAUCAAAGUUUUUUUUUUUUUUUCUGUGAAGCUAUGUUAUGAUCAUGAUUGUUACUUGCAGUCAUAGUAGACAAACCAAUUUUUUAAGUUAGGUAUCUGCGUGGAUCGACUUUUCAGUGAGGCUUAUAUUGAUGCAUAUUUUUCAGAGAUACUUCCUAAAUUUUUAAGCUGUGCUGAUAAGUUUAAUUAGAUGUCGAUAAUUUUUUAGAGGCGAAGUAUUUUAAAACCCAUAACUACGCAACGCACUCUUUCAACCAGUGUUUGUCCACCUGCUGGGUUUUGGAAAAGAAAAUCAUUAUCAGAGGAAACAAAUGACAAAGACGUGACUUUCAUAUUGUUGUUACUUUACCAGGAUGAGUGGAUGACUUGUCAGCGUAACUGGUUAUACCUUGAGAGCAUUUUUAGCGCUCCAGAUAUCCAGCGUCAGCUACCAGCUGAAGCCAAAAUGUUUCUGACAGUAGACAAGUCAUGGAAAGAAGUCAUGAGAAAAGUCCAUAGGCUUCCCAACGCUCUCCGAGCAGCCACCCAACCAGGUGAGUGUUCUAGUAGAGGUAACUGGAUAUUAAUAUUUUCAUGUCCAGAGUGUGUUAUAACCGCCAGCCGCCAUUGAAGGUUUCUGAUCUAUUCCUGACUAAACAUCACACAAAAAAAGAGUUCAUUAUGAAAAUAGAAUAAUUAGGUUUUAUCAACUGAGUUGACGAUGUAAAUUGAACACAAUAGAGAGUUUCUAGACCACUCUCUAAAGCUGACGUUUCUUUGUGGCUUUGUGGCUCAAUUUUUUUCCGAUAAAUGAAAUUUGAAACGCUUUCUUAUUUAUUUCAGGACUGCUCGAGAUAUUCCAAAAUAACAAUGCCCUUUUAGAUCAGAUUCAGAAGUGCCUUGAGGCCUACCUGGAGUCCAAGUGUGUUAUCUUUCCAAGGUAGAUAUGAGAUGAAAACAGAAAGGUUCUUCUUUUGUUGUCGGCUCAGUUCUAGUGUGAGUGGUGACAAUGGCGGAUCUAGGGGAGGGGCCCAGGGGGCCCGGGCUCCCCACCCUUAUUUUGGUUUAAAAAAAAAAAAAAAAAAAGAAAAUCGCAGAAGGAAGAAAAGCCGACAGGGCAAGCGACAAAAAACCAGCCCCACAACUCAGCUCAAGGUCCGGAUCCGCCAUUGGGUGAUUCGGUGUUUUAUCGUCAAUAACGCGAUUCUUUGUUAUUUUAGGUUCUAUUUCCUUUCAAAUGACGAGUUAUUGGAAAUCUUAUCGCAGACGCGUAAUCCGCAUGCUGUUCAGCCUCACUUGCAAAAGUGUUUCGAUGCUAUUUCAAAGUAAGUUUUUGUACUUCUUAGCUUUCAACUAUCAAUAUAUCAUAAAAGAGGUCGAAAGAAAAAUCCCUUUAACACUUUAUGUUUUUCCAACCUAUUCAACUUUUCUCAGACUUGAGUUUGGUAGUGCUGCUCAGCCACCUCCCACACCAUCAGCAGCUGAAAAACCGGUCACACCAACAGGAGAGAGACGUAAGUUUUACUACGUAAUAGUAAUAGGUCUGUGUGAAGCACAAUUCAGGGAGUAAUCGGGCGAGUGAUCACAAAUUGGCCGAGGGCGUAGUGCAAGAGUAAUUUGAAAUCACAAUUACCGUUGCACUGUACUCCACUCAGUUCUGUUACCAAUUAAUUGUGUCGUUAACAAGGUGCGGGGAACUCAGGAAUGAAAAAGUUAAUGUAAGAGAAUAUACGAAAUAAAUUCAUUGAACAGCUUUAUUUCGUCCAUGUUUGUUUUCAAUGUGGACCUCUCAACCUGCUCACGUAAGAAAUUUUCUUUAUUUUAUUUGGCCAGCAUUGGCGGAGUAGUUGAGUUAUAUUGGCUGCUUAACUGUCUGAUUUGGCCAGACCUUUUCGGACGAAGUCCUAGUCAUUUCUGGUCAUAGAUCACAGAAUACUUCCUUGACAUGUACAAAAGAUUGCAGACUUAGUUCAAGCGAGCUACAAAAUCAGGAAGGCUCACUCCGGUCCUUGCGAUAUCCUUCCUUUGCAACUGAUAUUACAUUUUAGUUUUAUGUCCUUUGUAUUCAAGCGACAAGCGUUUGUCUCAAGUUUCUCUAACCUUUGCUGUAUUGUCUGGUUUUCAGCCGCCUCAGCUGGUAAGGCUGCUGAAACAAAGACCAAUGAUAUCCUUGCAAUGAUCUCACCUGAAGGAGAAAGAGUUGGUCUUACAAAGGUGAAAAACAAUAUUUCAUUCCUGUCCUUGUUUCCUUACAUAAUUGUAGGACUAGUGGUCGUCACAGUGAAGUCGUUUCCGUCUGAGGUCAUAGAGAAUCUUAUAAUUUUUUUUUUAUCUGUUCAAGGGUUUGAAGGCUCGUGGUAAUGUGGAAGACUGGCUUGGUAAGGUUGAAGAGUCUAUGGUUUCUUCACUCAGAAAACUAGCCAAAGCGUCCAUAGCUGACUAUGAGAGCAGACCGAGAGAAGAAUGGGUUACACUACAUCCUAGUCAGGUAAACUCAACGCUAUACUGAGUCAAUAAUUAACAAUUUCUUAUCUAAGUGGAGGUAAAUAUCCACCACUUUCAUUGACACAGAGGUGAAUAAUUUUUUUAGUGUAUACCACACACAUAUCAAAAAACGUAGUUUAUUUGUUUCAAUAUACCAAAAAAUGGUCAAAAAUUAAACCCUUGACGUGCUAUUUUGUCUCACCGGCUUCUCGGAGGUGAAUAGUACUUGCUAUUUACCUCCGGACUAGCCGAUCAGCGGGCGGGAAAAGCAUUAUUCACUUGUAUGGUAUUUACUAAUAAAUCAUAUCUGUAUUAUUUCUUUACUUGUCUACACUGUGUGUUAUUUGAAUUCUGUUAUUUAAUACGCAGCCAUAUGUUCUGGUUAUCUAUGAUCACCAAUACGAUAUAAAGGAAAACAUUUUGGUUGUUGGAGAGCAAAAUGUUUCAGAGGCUCUUCAAUGAAUUUCAUGCUAAUUUAUUUCGUUAUAGUUGAUGUUUUUUCUUACUUACUAAGAGUUCCGCUUAUUUUUUAACAGGUUAUUGUUUAACUCUUUCCUCUAAACAGCUUUUAUCCAUUCAUAACCGUUAAGCUUUUUCACUUACGGAAUGUAUCAUGGAAUGGUUAGAAAUACGUUUGAUUUGUUACGCAACUGUUUUUCUGUUGUAGGUUGUUCUGACCGUUUCUCAGACCAUGUGGUGUCGUGACAUCACGGAAUGUUUGGUUACAGAAGGUGACAGGCUAGAGGCCAUGAAGGAAGCAGAACAGAUGUGUGUCACUGUAAGACAAAACAAACUUUUAUUAUUUUCGAUACCAAUGAUUGGUUUACAUUUUCAUAGAUUUCGCAAGGGCGCUGUGACCUUUGAUCGAGCACAUUACAACAUAACUUCUGUUUAAAUGCUACAGAAAUAUGAAGCAAGGCGUUAAAAAGGGGAGAAGGUCACCACUUUAUCUUUUUAACUCAUAAGAUACAAAAGUUUUGUGAUGCUUUACUAAUUUUUUUUUUAUUUCCAACUUCCCCCUAGAAUUUGAACAAGCUUGCUGCACUGGUUCGUGGAGAGCUUCCAAAACUGACCAGGAACAUUCUGUGUGCUUUGAUCACUAUUGAUGUGCAUGCAAGGGAUAUAGUCACAGGAAUGGUGGAACAUCAGGUCAUUAACCUCUUAAUUGUAUACAGCUGCAUGAGCAAAUCUCAACUCGUCUUGUCUUGAUUUUUAUCUUGAUGCUUGAUGAUAAAAUAGGCGAUGUUGCAUUUUUUACCUUGCUGUUAAUACGAUUAAGUUAGACACAGUCUGAAAAUUGUAUGUGCAGCUUUGUGUGUUCCAUUUUCAUUAAAUGAUACAUCAAUAACGAUGAAUUUUUGCAUUAGCGAGCGAAAAGUCAUCAAUUAGAUAUCUCUUACUAACCGAGUUCGAAGUCUGUAAUUUUCGUCAAGCGCGCGGGUCAUAAAUCAGCGCAAACUUUUGAAUAUAGUAGGCCUUACAGUAAAAUACGGCCCGCUAAAUUGACCAAUCACAGGGCGCGCACUAACUGAGCGAUACAAUAAAUUGCAUUGAAUCCCUAUAAAGUUGCGCUGCCUAUCAAACUUUUCCACAAUUUGUUUACACUUGACCUGUCUCUUUACUGCCCCCUAAAUUCUGAUCGAAAUGAAUACCGCUUGAAUAAAAAUAAGUUUACAUCAUUUCUUUCGAGCCUCUGCACUCAAAGUUAGUUCUCUGAGAGACGGCUCGAACCUUCAGUCUUACAUAGAAUUGACCCUAGUGUUUGUUGAAUACUUUAGGUUGAUAAUGUGAACAGUUUUGAAUGGGUGAAACAGCUACGUUAUUACUGGGAUCCAGACCUAGACAACUGUGUUGUGCGCAUGUCUAACUCCUUGUACAUCUAUGGUUAUGAGUACCUUGGUGCCUCACCUCGUCUGGUCAUCACACCACUUACAGUAAGACAUACUUUAAUAACAAAUCUUCAUUGAUUUAUCUGUGUACCUAUGUGUACAUUUUUAAAAAGGAUUUUGUAUCGCUGCCGCGUGGAAAUAUCUUAGCUCGGUGCCCUUACUGCGUUUGUAUACGUUGCUUAUGUUUCAUUAAAUACAUCGCGACUCUCGCGGCGACAGAUCAGUGCGACAGGUUUUUGUGGUAAACCACUAGGUAGGUAUUGCUUACCAAACAAAUUGCUUGAAUUUAUUUUACAGCUGAAAUUACACAGAUUCAAACCAGUUUGAAUUCGUGCGACUCAUUGCAGCACAACAUUCUGUCGUAGAAACAAUUUUUUUGACAAAAAGAGCAGCUGUGACGUAUUGCAAUAGUUUGUUGAUUAAUUUGUGUUUACCUCAACAUGUGACAAGACACAUAUGUAACGUCGUAACUCCAACCUGAAAUAAAUUUCUUUCAAAAGAGAGAAGCAUUUUACCAGGGACGUACUUGAACCAACUCAGUCAGAGAAGAACAAAAGGUGUCUUUUUUUUGUUUGAAGGAUCGGUGCUACUUGUGUUUGAUGGGAGCGCUACAGCUUGACUUGGGAGGAGCACCCGCAGGGCCUGCCGGGACAGGAAAAACAGAAACUACUAAGGUAAUCCUGCAGACCUGCAUAACAAAGUUUUAUUUGUUGAUAAGCCAUAGUUUCACUCUUGGUGUUAUGUUAUGUCAGAGGUAGCAAAAGAAUAUUAUGAGAAAUCUAAAGUUCUAGCAUUUCUGGUUGCAUCCGUUAAACUAACAACUGUGUGGAACAUCUUCUUUGAUCAGUUGAUAACGUGAACUGAAUGAGAUGAGAGAAUAUAAGAAACUUCGAAGUCAGUUUUUUAAACUGUCCUUUUAUAGUCUAAGAAUUGUGGUCAAAUCACUUCCAACUAGAGGAUUUGCUGUUUCGUAUUGAGUUCCACUAGGUCACAGUGAUGUUGCUGUCAGCCAAUUACUUAUUUUGUCGUACAGGGAAAAUCAUGAGAGUUCAAUGUAAGAAAAUACGCUUUAAGCAAAAUUUGUGCUGGAAAUUAUUUGAAAUUUAUCACCCGGAAGUUUUCCUCAACCAAGACAGUAAUCAUCCUGUAUAUUCGCGGGUUUCCUUCGAACUUUCCCGGUAAACUAGAAUUCGUCAGUCGAACACCUCCGGAAUCAAGGGCCUUCGUCAAAUUUCGCUCUCGGUAGUUGGUCACUUAUGUAUGGAAAAUUUCAUAGACCUCGUCCCGUACAAGAAGUGUUCUGUUUUGUAAUCAUAGUUCAAUAUCUUUUGUGUGAUUUUGUACGCAGGACUUAGCCAAGGCCCUUGCUAAACAAUGCGUGGUGUUCAACUGCUCUGAAGGAUUGGACUUUAAGAUGAUGGGACGGUUCUUCUCUGGCUUGGCUCAGUCAGGAGCUUGGUGUUGUUUUGAUGAGUUUAACAGAAUUGACAUCGAAGUGUUGUCUGUUAUUGCUCAGCAACUUCUCACCAUAAGAAACGCCAAAGUGGCUAAGGUAAAGUUUUGUACCAUCCUAUGGACUUGUAUCACGGCUGGUUAGCUUGACGCUCUUUUAAAUUUUUAAAGUAAAAAUCUUUGAGAAGAUGUUUUGUUCCUUUAGGCUUCCCGUUUCAUGUUUGAGGGGCGUGAAAUCAAACUUGUUCCAAGCUGUGCAGCAUUCAUCACAAUGAACCCUGGAUAUGCUGGUCGAACAGAAUUACCAGAUAACUUAAAAGCUUUGUUCAGACCGAUGGCUAUGAUGGUGCCAGACUAUGGUGAGUAAACGAGUAUUACAGCGUACUCCUUAGUCGGUCGGUAACCAUGGAACCUUUUUCGAGUAUUAACCUAGCUUGCCAUAGAGUAACAUAGCGGUCAAACGUCUUCACACGUGCGAAGGUUGUGAGACUAGGUGGUGUGCUUUCAGGCUGUCGGAACUUCAUGAUCUUACACGAGUUACAUAAAACCACACAAAAAAAGUAAGUCACGGUGUUUUAACCCUGUGACCCCUGAAAAUGACUGGCAUCUAAUGUCUCCUUCAAAUAUCAGCUACGAAUCAAACAUUAAGUUAAUGAGACCAAGGGAAAUGAUCUACAACUAAAGAACUCUUGACUGUUAAACAAAUUCUCCUUUUCAGACCCUUAAGAAAUGUAUAGAGAACACUAUGGAGAAUAUGCAUACUGAUGUUGGGAUGUAAAGGGUUAAGAGCUUGUAAUAUAAUAUUAUAUGGUAAAUCAACAGGAUACCCGUACCUGAACAAACGUUGUGUUCCAAAAGUCUCGAGUUCCCUACUUUUGUUUCUCUUAACUGAUUUCUGUGAACGUUUCAAUUUUCUUUCGUUUAUUUUGCGAGACAGCGGUUGUUUCGUCUUUUCCUACGAAAGUUUGCGCAGGAAUUUGGUGCACGGGCGGCCAGAAUUGGCCGACUAUGUCUGACUUUUGACCGCUGUGUUCCGUAGAGUUCUCUUUGGCUUAAUACGAGGUCUGGGGCUUAGUUCUUACCGAGGACUUAGUUUUUCCUUUCUCUCACACUACAUUUCAUCUCAUAUCUCUUCUUCAUUUUAUCACUGAACUAAAAAAUAACCAUUUUUCCCCUUUAUUUAUUUAUUGAAGUAUAUUUGUUACCAUUACCAGUUAGAUGUUCUGUGGCUUUGUCGUUGGUGUCAUGGUUCAAAUGUUUCUUCGGUUUAAAAGUUUUCAAUUCAAGUAAAAAUUUGAAGCCCAAGAUAUGUCUAUUAAUGAACCUUUAAACUAUUUUUGAUAGGAGAGUCAAAACAAUUAUUUCUCUCAUUGUAGCCUUGAUUGCGGAAGUGAUUCUGUAUUCCGAAGGCUUUGAAUCCUCUAAAAACCUGGCUCGUAAGAUGGUGCAGAUGUACCGACUGUGCAGUGAACAGCUUUCUCAACAAGAUCAUUAUGACUUUGGUAUGAGAGCUGUCAAAUCUGUGCUUGUUAUGGCCGGAGCGCUGAAGAGAGGAAAUCCUAAUCUGAAUGAAGAUAUCGUGCUGAUCAGAGCUCUUAGGGACAGCAACUUGCCCAAAUUUCUCAAGCAGGACGCCGAGCUCUUCAGAGUAAGUACUUCAGGACACAGUUGUAAUAUAUUUUUUAAGGAAUUGUCAUUUCUGCGAAUCAGUAUUGCGAAGAUCGCGUAUAUAUUCGAAUUGUGUUCUGUUUGAAUGUUGCUCUUAACCCCAUAACUCUAAGAGGUGAUUAACGUGUAACUUCUCCCUAUAAUGUCCACAAAUUAUCCAGUAAAGAAAUGAUGAGAAUACUCAAACUCAUCAGGUAGCAGUUGUUAUCUUGAUCUAACACCAAGUUCUCAUGGCUACGUUAAAGGAAAUGCAUGGCAGCUAGGGGGGGAGAUUUAACAAACAGAUCUUGUGAGUGAAAGGGUAAACUGAUUGGUUCCGUUAUUCUUUUUUCUCAAGGCCAUCCUAUCAGAUCUUUUCCCCGGUAAAGAAAUUCCAGAUCACGAUUACGGCAAGCUACAAGCUACUAUAGAGGAAUGCUUGCUCAAGAAAGGUUGUCAGGUGCGGCAUCCUCUUUAUUGACAGUUAACGAAGUGAAGUGGAAUCUGAAUGAAUUAAUGUUCGUUAGAGUAGUGUAACAAUAUGGUUUGACUCGUGCGUGAAUGGAAAUAAGUAUCUUUUGGUUUGUAAAAUGGUUGUAGUGGUGUUUUGAGGCGGCAGAAAUUACACCAAAUUGUCUGUGACACUGACACCACGUCUUUUGCACUGAAAAGAUUUGAAAUGUGAGUUAUUGUCGUCAGGGUAAUUUAGUAUUAUCAACUGAGUUUAGAAGGUAAAUGGGCCACCGUAAAAAGUGUCAAAGCUGGAUUUUUAUCAGCCAUGUACAGCUGUUUCGGACAGAAUGACCAGUCAAGAUGUCAAGUAAAUGAUGCUUGUGUGGGAUGACUUUUUCACCAGAGAACGUUGAAAUAUGUUACGGAUGAUAACAGUGCUAUGCCAAAUCUAUUUCAUCAUUUUGCAUCCCACGCUGCUCAUCUCACAAAUCAAAGCUUGUCAAUCGUGGUGGUUAUGGAAUUCCACAUAUAACUUGCUUUUAUUCAUCUAGGUUGUUCCUUCAAUGGUGAAAAAGACGAUCCAGUUGUACGAGACAAUGAUUGUUCGGCACGGUGUGAUGACUGUAGGACCCACUGGAGGAGGAAAGACAACGAGUUAUGAGGUGAGCAGAUAGUACGUCAUUCAAUGAUCACAUACGCAGGGGUUUCGAUUACUUUUUCAUAAGCGGCUGGCGAUGGUGUAAUAUGCGACUGUGCCCAGAAAAGGGGCUGUAAGGCGAAACCGAAACACGACAGUUUGCUUGUAGACUUCGUUGAGAGGUCUUAUGGCCAGCGGUAGACCGUCAGUAUCUGGCUUUUAAUGUAACCCCUGACAAAUUGUAAUGAAUAAGAUGAACUGUGUGUGGACUUAGUACGGAAUUAAACUUCUAAUCUUCUCUUUAUAAAAGUGUGUUAAUUGUUCGAUGGAGGCCACACUUAUCAUUGCUUUCAUAACAUUUAGGUUCUCAAAGACACUCUGACAACGUUACACGAGGAAGGAGACGAAAAUCCUUAUUACCAAAAAGUUCGCACAUACGUGCUGAAUCCCAAGGUAUGGUCGUCUUUUGCCGUUGUUAACAAUGCUUCUUCCAAGCGAGUCAUUGCGCUUUGUUAGCACAUUUAUCAGUUACUCUUAUCUGUUACUACAGGCUGUUAGCAUGGGAGAACUGUAUGGGGAAAUUAACAAGCUUACAAUGGAGUGGAGAGACGGACUCAUGGCCGUCACUGUUAGAGUUUGUGUUCAGGUACGAUGCAAUGUCAUGGCCUGUGACAUGGCUGGUGGUAAUGUUAGCUGCAUGUAUUGAAAUGAGCUGAUCAUUUUAAUCUUCUCCUUAAACUAACAACUGUUUUAUUGCUCCGGUAUAACACAGGACACUACUGAGGAUCACAAGUGGAUUGUCUGCGAUGGUCCUGUGGACGCUCUAUGGAUCGAAAACAUGAACACUGUUUUGGAUGACAACAAGAUGCUUUGCUUGGCUAACAGUGAGAGAAUAAAGCUCAACAACACCAUGCACAUGUUGUUUGAGGUGCAGGAUCUUGCUGUUGCAUCCCCAGCUACAGUCAGCAGGUAUGGCUCCUACGCCGAUUAACAAUGUUUUUGAUUUUAAAAUGCUAUUUGGAAAUGAUUUGUCAUCUAAACUUUUGAGUACAGGCUCAAUUGACGUAUUUGGUGGCCAGCAUCCUCGUGUACAGUCCUUCACGGUAUUUGUGUGUGUUUAUUUCAGGUGUGGUAUGGUAUAUAUGGACCCUUAUGAAUUGGGCUGGAGGCCUUACGUCAAGUCCUGGAUGCAAAGAACGUGUACAAAGAUGAAAGACGAAACAAAGGUAUCUACCUGUUACCGUGUAUACGUGUAAGUUCACCAUCCAUAGGUGUCAAAUCAAUCGCAGAAGGUUAGGAAAUAUAUCGUAUUCGGUUUGUUGUUCAAACACAGGCGGACAAAUCCACAAUUAUCGAAAAAAAAAUGGCAUGGAUUUGUCGCGAGAAUUUUUAGGUAAGAAGUCUGUAUUUGGACAUUCGGUUUUAAAGCAGUGAAGCUUACAAAAUUCGAUUCUUAACCAAAUCUGGGUUUUGUUUCCAGCUGCUCUCUUGUACGUCUUUCAAAUUUUCAACCGUUUUUCGUACAAUUCUCUAUCGGCUGAAGAUGCUGACAGUAUUGAGUGGGUUGUACUGAGUUACCAGAUAUAAGACCUUAUCUGAUACUCGGCUUUUAUAAACCCACUGUCCAAGGCACGAUACCUUGAGUCUAAAAGGAAGGUUCACAAAAUUGAUUAAAUAUAUAUGAAACAUAUUCCCUAUCUUAAUGGCAGUAUCUAGUACAAGAGGACACAAAACAUUUUUGCACCUUUGGGGCCCCGGUCGAAACACUUUUCAUGAAUUUUCUUUUAUUCCGGCCAAAAUUGAGUGAUUACGUCUUAUAAGUGCAGCCGUAAUAGAGUACCGUGAUCAUAACUCUGAUUUCUGCUCACCUUUUCUUACAACUUUUGUUUGCAGGAGUAUCUGAUGAAUUUGUUUGAGAAUUACGUGGAUAACGGACUCAACUUUGCAAGGAAGAAAUGUGUACAAGCCAUGCAGCAGGUAAACUGGGCUCAAAUAUCAUUGUUAGAUAGGCCACAUUGGAACAUUGGAUGAUUGGAAAUUGUUACAAGUUCCAGGACGAAAUUUGAAAAGUUCCCAUUGCUCUGUAGUUUCCAGUGAAGACAUUUAAAGUCUUGUAAGGAGACUCGUGUCCUUUCAUACAUUUGUGGAAAGUUUGUAACAGGCAACGGGACGAUAUAGGUGUAUCCCAACUAUAACCCUGAAUACCUCUCUUUUUUCAGGUGGACAUAAAUAAAGUGACAACUAUGUGCUGCCUUCUGGAGAGCUUUUUCUUCCCAGAGAAAGGAGGCCCAGAUUUUAACAUGGACGCCAACAAGUUGCACUCGCUUAUUUGCACCGCCUUCCUCUUCUCUUUCCUGUGGAGUAUUGGAGGCAACUUAGUAGAGUCUUCUAUGGACGCUUUUGAUACGUUUUCGAGGGAUUUAUUCUCAGAUACACAGGAUGUGAAGGUUAGGGGAAAAUGAUAAAGCUAAUAAAUGAAUUGCUGUUGGAUCGCAAACUAAAACCACUACAGUCAACCCUCUCAAGCGAAAAUUAGAGCACCAUCUUACCAAAAGUUCUCAUUUAGUUAUCUUUAAGUAAUUUAUUCUUUUCCCAACGUUUAUUUAACUAAUAUUAUUGAGCGCAUUCAUAUCCUUACAUUAUAAACUCUUUAUUUCCACCACCGAUCAUUAACUGGAAAGUUAUUCAAUUACUGGCAACCAGGCCUCUUUAACUUGUUCAGGUUGUUAUUGUUGUUGCUUUUUUUUCGGGCUGUCAGUUACCGUUUAUUCUCAUUAUUUUAUGAUACGGAGACAAUUUUUGACUGUAGACAACAAAACAUAAAAACAGAAAUUCUCUGCAAGUCUUCCCAUGGUUUCCCCACAAUGGUUUUAAACAUGUCUUUUUCCCUUUGCACAGCUUCCAGGUUCAGGUGAUCUGUUCAGUUACUUUGUGGAUUUUGACACACGCCGUCUUGAACCAUGGGAGAAGAUUAUUCCAUCAUUCAAGUACAGCUCGGAGAUUCCAUACUUCGAUCUACUAGUGCCCACUGUGGACACGGUCAGAUAUGGAUUCCUGAUGGAGAAGCUGCUUGUUGUAAACAGAUCCGUCAUGUUUACUGGUACGACAGGCGUUGGCAAGGUAAGAUAGUGGAGUUCCAUUUGACAUUGUCGUCUGGAUCCAUGCUCCUUGAUUAGGGAUAGCGAGGAUAUCUAGGAAACGGAAUCAAACAAGGCGGAGUAACUAAUCCCCAGCUUCCCACAAUUUGCCUUUUUUUUGGUUCCGUUGCCAAUUAUUCGCUCUUUCCUUGACAAAGGAGCCUGGGUCAAGUGGUACGGGCUAUCGCAUGAAAAAUUUGUUUUCAUUUUCACAAUAUUUGACACGACGAAAAAUUGUUAUGACACAAAAUUAGUUAGACAGAAGUUUGACACCAACCGCAUAAUAUCACUAAGGAUGACGAAUAGAAAAGGCGUCUAACUGAACUCAAUUUUUAUUAUUUUACAGUCUGUGGUGGCGAAAGGACUGCUGACCGACAUAAGCGAUAAGGCGAACUAUGUUCCUAUCAUGAUGAACUUCUCUGCUCAGACAAGCAGCCAACGAACUCAGGAAAUGAUUGAAGUCAAACUGGAAAAGAAACGAAAAAACAUUUUAGGUUUGUAUUCAUUGAUGUGAUUAGACUUGAUAAAACUUAAUACCAUUUGAAACCUAUGAUUCAAGAAACUGAUUACUGAAUAAACAUCACAGACUUUUAUGAUGUGUGCAAGAGAAGAUUUGAUUUGAAGAAAGUAACAUGGAAUCCUUUGACUUUUGAUCGGCGAUCGGAAGUCAUAGUGAGUUGCACGAUUCUCUUGUUUCUUUAAAGAGUCAUAUGAGGAGGUUUUUAAACAAGGUUUUGUUUAUAUUCAAAGGUGCACCGGCUGGAAAAAGAAUGAUCAUUUUUGUUGAUGACUUGAACAUGCCCAAGCUGGACACGUAUGGCGCCCAGCCUCCCAUAGAGUUACUCAGGCAGUACCAGGUACCCUCGGAUUUAUUUGAUAGAGUUUAAUUCUUUCAGGGGGGUGGAACAUCUGAAUCUUUUUGUGUUUUUAUUAGAAAAGCAUUCAUAUCUAUAUAUACCCCAUUCAAACCUGCAAAACAUGUUUAGGUACACCCGGUUUCACCGAAUGAGAAUCAGAAACAGAGAAUUGAAAAACUGAAUUUUCUUUUGGUUUCAAGUAGUCACCAACUUUUAAUUUCAAAUGUGCUAAAUUUUAAGUCGACAAACAUCGGUUUAGGAAGCUGCUUUUUAAAACAUGUUUAAGUUUUGGUGUGAAUGGGGUAUAUAUCAAUACUUAGGACUAUUGUUAUAUUAAGUGAAUUUUAUUUCCUUUUGAAGGAUUUUCGUGGAUUUUACGAUAGAGAGAAACUUUUCUGGAAGGAAAUUCAUGUAAGUGCACUACGUCUGUACUACGCUAGACCUUAUGUCCUUAACUUUUUUAUUCAGGUGUGGGAGAUUUUAACCAUUAUUUUUAUGACAGGACAUGACCAUCUGCGCAGCCUGUGCUCCCCCUGGAGGGGGUAGAAAUCCGGUCACGCCUCGUUUCUUACGUCACUUCAGUAUGUUCAGUAUUCCGUCGUCUGCCGAGCACACCCUGAAACAUAUCUUCAAGGUAAGGCAAAUCAUAUUAGUUCAAAUCUUUGGAUUAAAUUGAUUUCCUUUAUUGAAAUUAUUAUCAACAAAUAUUUAUUUCAUUCCUUUUUUCAGUCCAUUGUUAGCGGCUUUUUAGUUGAUUUUCCUCAAGAUGUCAGGGGAUGUGCAGAUGCGAUUGUUGGGGCGAGGUAUAAGUUUUGUUUACUUUCUUGUUUUCCUUGAAAAAAAAAAAAAAGGUUAUUCAUGAACAGUAGUCUCCAGUUUCUGUGUUUCGGUUCUUAAUCUUCACCUCUCACGAGUGACUGAGACAGAAUUUCUCUUCAUAAUAUCCAUAUAAUAUCAAGCAGACAAGUGAGAAGAAGAAAGAAAAAAUGCCAAUCAUGGGAUUUUAGUUGAUCCAAUACGAAAUUCUCUGAGCUAACAUCAUAAGAAUUGUAUGGCAGACAGUAAGGAGAAUCACUUAUGAGGUCUUGGGAAUACAAGGGUUAAUUUAUUGUUUGUUAUUUGUGUCGAUCCUUUAAAACUCGUAUUCUUUAUUGGUUUUGAGCUUCCCUUUUGGUGUUUCUUUUCACCUCAACGAGCCUUUAUCGCAAAGUUUUAUUUAUACUUAAGUCAAUAAUGAACUUAGGAAACGUUUGUCAAAAUGUUGUAGCAUGACUGUUACAGAAUAAAACCCUAAGACUGAUGAUCCACCUGUUGAUGCCGUUACUUGCAGUCGCAUGAUAUUUUGUUUCUUAAUUUUGUCCAUGUUUGCUCUCUUUUAGUGUUGAGAUCUAUGUUCGUAUGAGUACAGACCUGUUGCCGACUCCUGCUAAAUCUCACUAUGUGUUCAACUUGAGAGAUUUGUCCAAAUGCAUUCAAGGUUAGUCUGCCAGUCAUAAUACGGUUACAUGGCUUUGACACAUUAAUGAUUGAUCUACCAUUUCAGUUACAUGAACAAUUCCGAACAUUUUAACAUGAGUGACUUUGUUAAUCAUAUCAAAGAUUUUUAUAACACGUUUUGUGCUAAUCUAUCCUUUACCAUUUCCUCUUAGGUGUACUUCAGGCAGAUCCUGGAGUUAUUAGAGACGCUGGACAGAUUUUUCGCCUGUUCUGUCACGAGGCACAAAGAGUCUUUCACGAUCGUCUCAUUAACAAAGAAGACAAACGUUAUUUUAACGCCAUUAUGUCUGAAAUGGCACAGAAACACUUCUCGCAGGUAUAUUUCUAAGUAUGAACAAUAUGUUGUCUACAGCCAAACAGUUUUAGCAACCUAUGAUAAGAAAAACCAUCCUUUUUUAUACCAAAUUACAGUUUUGGAGCUCGUAACUGUAAAGAGAAAGCGUAAGGUGAAUUCUGCUCGGGAGUUGAGCGACCUACGCCGGUUCUAUUCCCAAUUUUCAUACCAUAUGGAUGGCUGUUGGUCCAUUAAAGGCUACCCCCAGCAAUUCGCAUGGUCUCCAGCAGUUUGGUAGUCUCAUUCUAACUCCCAGGUGGAGAAAGGCAUUGUGGGAAUAAAGUGUCUUUCUUAAGGACAUAUCAAAAUUACUCGGCCAGAACUAAAAACCAAGACCUCACGGUUUAGAGUCUAGCGCCUUAAACAUUAAUCCAUCGUUUUCAGUCCUGCAGUUUAAAAAUAAUAAACUGCAAACAAUACACGCGUUUUCAAUUUUCAAUAACAUAAUGUUUUUGUAUCUUUUUAUGCUGUAACCAGAAUGUGCAAGCUGAAAAAUUUGAGACGGCCCCUAUUCUGUUUGGAGACUUUAUGAAGAUGGGUGCAGACCCCUCUGACCGGAUCUACGAAGAGCUGGCAGAUAUCUCAAAAGUGAAAAAUCUUCUGGCUGAUGUAAGUUCACCCAUAUCUUUCUUUGAUGUUCUUGGUAACCUUUAGCAAUGAUUGUGGUCAAAAAGGUGAAUCUUAAAGAUUUCCUUCUCGUGCACGUAUAAUAACAGCGACCACAACGUCUUGAGGCUAAAUUUGUGAAGUGAAUCACUUGCCAUUCUUUGAAUCGUCAUCCCAAGUAUCUAUCUGUCUUCUCAGCUUAUUGUUGCAUCUUGUGUUUCUCUAUCUUACCGAAGUAAUGUCUUGUUGUCAGUUUUAAGUUGAGUGAUAGUUAUAGAAAUGGCUCAAGAUAUGACUUAGCUCUUUUAGACAAUCUCAGACUACUGUCCGUUUUUGAGGAAGCUGAUCUGAUUGUCUCUUUAUUUAGUAUCUUGAUGACUACAAUAUGAACUCUUCCAAAGAAAUGAAGCUUGUGUUCUUUAUGGAUGCCAUAGAACACGUGUCAAGGUCAGCUUUUAGUGCGUACACUGUCUGUGAAGCUUUUUAAAAGCUCCUUCCUUGCAAUCGACGGGUUUAUCUGAGCGAGAGUUUGUUUGUUUUUUGUAGAAUCGCCCGAAUGGUUCGCCAGCCUCGCGGGAAUGCUCUGCUUGUUGGUGUAGGAGGAACAGGAAAACAGAGUCUUACCAGGUAACUUGCCUCAUAAUCAUUCUCUUUAAACUUCUCCAUGAUUCACAAUGGGGAAUUUUUGAUAGUCAAAAUGUCGAUUCAUGACAAAAAAAAUUUUAUCUAGGUCGUGAUGGCUAAUCAUAAUAUUUGGAUGAACAGAUUUGAAAAAAAGUUAAUUUUCUGGCGUUUUACUUUAGGUUGGCAUGUCAUAUGUCUGGUUACCUUUGCUUUCAAAUCGAACUGACUCGUGGCUACGAUUACUCCUCCUUCCGGGAAGAUCUUAAGAAACUGUACACGUCAGCUGGAGUGGAAGGAAAAAACACAGUUUUCUUAUUCACUGAUACUCAGGUAUUUACGUCUGUUGAAUGUCAAGGUUAUUAAUGUAAGCAUAUUUUGAGUGCCACUAGGAGAGCUGUAACUAAGUAAGUGCGGUUGUAAAUUAAAAAAAUUGGAAAAUUUCUUAACCCUUUAACUUCCAUGAGUGACCAAGACAAAAUUUCUCCUUACAAUAUCAAUACAAUAUCAACCAGGUAAGUGAUGAGAAUAAAGAAAAAUAUCAAUUUGGGAAUAAUUGCUUGAUUCAAUACUAAAUUCUCUGUACUAACAUUAUAAGAAUUGUAAUGGUUGACAGUAAGGAGAAUUAAAAAUUUGAUGUGGGAGUUUAAGGGUUAAGGAGCCAACGAAAGACGAUGAAAAUGCCUGAACCUCAGGAAAGGACACGUAAUCAAGUCUCGAUUGGUUUAAGGUUUGCUUUCGAUUGUUCAGAGGUUGGCGCUGGUUUUUUAAUAAUGCAAAGUUUUUUUUUUGAAGGGACAUUCAACACCAGGGUUUGUUUUAAGACGAUCACUUUGGUGCUGUAUAAAGACGUGGUAUUACUCUUAAAGUGAAACAUUAAACGAUAUUAAGUGCCCUAGAAUGAGGGUCAUAUUAUUAAAUCUUUAUUUCAAUUUAAAUUUUAUGCAGAUCGUCGUUGAGGAGUUUCUGGAAGACAUCAAUAACAUCUUGAACUCUGGCGAGGUACUGAUAAUGUUUUUGUUUAUACGACUACUGUUCUCUUCCUUCGUUAUCCAAUGACUCUUCAGGAAUGUUUCUGAAGAUUUGUGAUAGGGUUUUUUUUUUUGGCUUGCUUCUAAGUUCCACGGGCUAGGCAAAAAUAAAAAAAAGAAUUGAUGAAUUGAAAGUUGGACCGUUCCAUCAAAUGCUCCUUGCUUCACUGAAUUUUGUUUUUUGAAAUUGUCAAAAUGUGUUAGUGCACCAACGUGGAUAAAAUAGCAGUCUGCAUUGUGUUUAUCAUCAGGUUCCAAACCUCUUUGAACCAGAAGAGUAUGAACAAGUGCUGAAUGGAACCCGACCGCAUGCGAAGGACGCUGGUGUUCCUGAAGGCGAUAGGUGAGUAUUGGUUCUGAUACUGAACCUCACAGCUCUCUACUAUUUGUCAUUAACAUAUAUGGCUGUUUUUUAUUGUUAUGUAGGUUUUUAAAUUUCUUGUCGUUUUCUUCAAUGUCAGGGAUGCUGUGUUCAAUCACUUCAUCAGCCGUGUUCGGAAUAACCUUCAUGUGGUAUUGUGCAUGAGUCCUGUGGGAGAUGCAUUCCGUACUCGCUGCCGUAUGUUCCCUUCUCUGGUUAAUUGUUGUACUAUUGACUGGUUUACCGAGUGGCCAAGGUCAGUUCACUGCAACAAAACUAAAUAGUUUCCCGAGGGAUCAUACAUUAAGACUUUCCCUUAGACAAUCAUAUGGAAAAAACAUACUAUUGUAUUCGGCGCGCGGGUAACAACUGCGCAAUUGUAUCCCGGUCGGGUUGCAUCUGAAUUUGAUCAGGGGCACGUGACCAAGAAUCAAUCAAUCACGUUGCUCAUUUUGUUGAGUGAAAGUCUAGGUAUAUAACAAACGUGGAUCUUAACCAUAGACAUGCUCUCAGUCCGGCUAGCGUACUAACAAAUGUUUUAGUUUGAUUGGUUCUUAACAGUCUGUAUUUGUUACUUUAUUUGGUUGGUGGUUUUUCCGUAAACAAGCGCUUUGUGAAAAACAGCAAAUGAAAUUUAGGAAUCGAAUGCUAAUAGUUGAAGAAACUUAACUUCCUCGCCAAUGCUAGGCAAUAAAAAUCAAGGAAAAUCUUUAGCGAGCAAGUUGCCAAGGGUCAGCUAGUAAACCGAGAAUUGAGGAAAUUAAUUUAAAGCUGAUGUAUCAAAUAAGAUGCUUGCUCUGACAAAAUAUUUCAUGUCUGAUUAUCACUCAUUGUGCUAUUAAUACAUUUAUUUGUAGUAGGACUUCGUGUCUUACAAUUAAGGAAUAAUCGUGCUUGUAGCUACUUGCCGAUUAAUCCCUGCAUUUGAAUCCAAUCAGUCCUAUUGCCAUCACUAAUCGCCGAAUUUCUAUGGAUUUGUUUUGAAAGCCAUUGAAAAGGCGACUGAUUUGUGUUGUGUUAUCUCUGGCUGACCGUUUUGAAACACCUUUCGUUUUGGCAGGGAAGCUUUAUUGUCUGUCUCAAAGAACUUUUUCGAAGAAGUGGACUUGGGUGCAGGAGAUGUUAAGGUCAGAACGUCCUACAUUUUGUUCACCUUCAAUUUUUUAAGGUCAACUGCUCACCAAAACUGUUGUUUUGUCAUCACGGAUAGGCCUGGCUUAGCAUUUUGGAGAUGUUAAGACAAACUAUCCUUAGAGACCCUUGAGGCCUUUCCAGUUGUUGGCUCUUGGACUUCUCUUCCUUUUUAGAUGCUUUUGACACUGUUUCUUUAUUUUUCUAUGGUAGGAGAGAGUUGCCGAAAUGUGUGUUGAAAUUCACACCAGUGUUAGCUCUAUGGCGGACAGGUUUUACGCCGAACUGCGUCGUCGAUAUUACACAACCCCAACCAGUUACCUUGAGCUUAUAAACCUGUAUCUGUCCAUGUUAGAUGACAAACGAAGGUAUGAUAUUUUUACUGUCCUUGAUGACAAAAAUAUAGCGAACAUCACCGACUACUCACGACCUUCCUCCUAAGAAGAUCAAAGUCUUUUUUAUUUUGGGAGACACGGUGGCUUAAUUGCUAGCGCUCUGGACUUCGGGUCGAGAGGUCCGGAUUUGAGAUUUUACUAAUUCAAAGCGAUGUGUUCUUUGGCAAAACACUUAACUCUCCCCGUGCCUCUCUCGACCCAGGGGUAUACAUGGGUCUAGGCGAAUUGUCAGCGAAGCCUGAUGAAAUGCCGGGGGAGGGGGAUCUAACCUUGCCAUGGACUAGCAUCCCAUGCUGGGGGAAUUAGUGAUGCUACUCGCCCGCAUUUUCUGUUCGCAUCUGUGAAGAGGUCUGAGAGCUACCACUCUGUCGUGUUUUAAUUUACUGUAUCACUCAUGUAUUUUCCAGACAGCUGAUUGGUGCACGUGACCGUGUGAAGAAUGGCUUGAAGAAGCUUCUGGAAACUAACGACUUGGUCGAUAACAUGCAGGUCGAGUUAGUGGCUUUAGAACCGCAGUUAAAACAAAAAUCACUUGAUGUAGAAAAGCUGAUGGACAAACUACAGACUGAUCAAGAGGAAGCCGACAAGGUCUGUGUCCGAUUAAAAACGAAUGUGUUCUCUACCUUUAUGUUUAAGCUGUGUUCCUUUGUCCUCGCGCUUAUUAUGAUGGCCCGCUCUUGGAUUUGAGAAUAUGCUGACAUCACAAUUUAUGAACACCUCACUUUUGUUUGUGAGCAUCUCUAGGUAGUUGUGCCUUAUUUCCUCUCCAUGGUAUUUUGAUAAAACACCUGCAAAAUUUCCCUUCUUUAACUAAACCAUUAAAAGGCUUAGAGUCUCUUUCAAAUAAGUUUUUAUUAUAUUAUUACCAAUUAGACAAUUGGAGAAUUUCCAUUCACUUCUUCAGGUGAGAAAAGUCGUUUCAGCGGAAGAGGAAGUAGCCAAAGGAAAGGCAGAUGAAACCCAAGCUAUUGCAGCGGAAGCUCAGAAAGACUUGGACGAGGCUUUACCUGCUCUGGACGCCGCUAACAAGGUAUAUUUCUAGACUAGCCCCCAGGUUAAGCAGAAUUGAAGCUUUGUAAAUAAUGAAAUUAAUGAUACAGUAUUGCACUGCUGGUUUUUAGGUCGGUGUGCUUCACUGACAAUAAUGAAAUGGACUUGUAGCUCGUUCAGUGGAAAAUAUCACCACGCAUUGUUGCUUCUUGCGACUACUGUGGGAAUAAAGUCCUGCUGUUUGAGCCUUACUGCUCGUAAGCCCAUUUAAGUUCUAUUUGCUUCCUGUUCUGGUUAUGCUGAUAAAAAGCUGCAAGUUCAUUGAAGUUUGAAGGUAACUGAUUAUCUCUGUCACUUUUAGGCCCUUGACUCUUUGGACAAGUCUGAUAUAUCUGAGUUACGUGUGUUCACCAGUCCCCCUGAGCUCGUCAUGACUGUUAUGGAGUCCAUCUGUAUUCUGUUGAACUCAAAGUAAGUUGAUUCUGUUUGUAGAAGAUGUUCAUUUUAGCAAAACAACCGAAGGUGUCUUUGAUAGAUGUUAUUAUUAAUCAAAGGCCUUUUUUCCGAAUUUGCAAAUUUUGUCAAGCUGCAUUCGUCAUCCUAUGUAGGAGAGACGCGAGUUUUUGUGAUACUAUUCAAUUCCCAAGGGGAAUGUGGCUUCGUUUCUCAGUUGGUAGUAGCACCCAACUAUAGUAUCUGGAAGGGAGGCGUGGGUUCAAUUCCUGUUGAAGCUUGAAUUUUUGAAUCAAUAUCAGUAUCUGGGCAACUGCCCACCUACCCCUCCCCUAACCCAACAACAGUCUAUUGAUAACAAGUUAGGGUUAAUGUUGGGUUAGGGGAGGGGUAGGUGGGCAGUUGCCCAGAUACUGAUAUUGAUCCGAAUUUUUCAGGCUCAUUCCUUUGCUCGAUGUAGAAAUCUACAUUACUAACUUGCAAUUGGGCAUUAGAGCAAAAAUUUUCAUUCCUCGUUCCGAAGACAUAAUGUGUUGAAGAAUCUGAGUGGAACGUAUUGAUUUUCGUGGAAUGUUUUCAUAGGAAUGUUGCUUUUCAUCGUUUGAUAUUUUGUUGAUCAUUUAAUAAUGUACUCCUUAGGCCCGACUGGGCAGCGGCAAAAUCUCUGCUGGGUGACGCCAAGUUUUUGACCAGGCUUAUGGAAUAUAAUAAGGUACUGAAUACUUCAUAUCUAAGUAACUCUUUUCAAAUUAAAUAUUUAUUAUUACUCAGAGUGUUUCAUCACACCUCCUCCAUAAAAUUAGUUAUAAUUCUUGCUUUUGAUAUUUCUUUCAUAAGCACAUUAGCUAGUUUAGUAAGGUAUUUCCAAGCUUUACAAAUCGCCACAAACUACUGAUUAAUUGUUUAAGAUGUGUGAUGCAACAUCUACUUGGUAUUCGUGUGCUUAGAAAUAUGUGCCUACCAUCCGAUUAAGAUUUCACCUCGUUUUUUCUUUGCAAAAUUUUGAUUCUUUUAAACUAUUCUUUUUAUGACGUUCUGCUCCCCUAUUUGUGCAGGAACUUGAAUUUGUAACAAAUUGUAUAUAGGAAUUAUAUACCCUCUAUGCUUGUUUUGUUUCCAGGACAAUAUCCCUGACUCUACUCUGAAGAAACUGAAAAAAUACAUCGACAACCCAAAGUUCACGCCAGAAAAUGUGGAGAAAGUUUCGAAGGUGUGUUAAUCAGCCAAAUAUCAAUAAUUAGUCCGUCUUUGCGGCGAAUAAUUGUCUUAAUAAAAAAAUUAACGUGUAUCCAGUGACUGAAACAGCCAGAAAAAGAUGUUGCUUGCAGACGAUAAAAACCGUAAAGCUUUUGAGUCUGUCGCCAUUUAGCAAUCUUUUCCCCCCGUGUUUUCUUUUCUGUUGACCUCUUUUUCAGGUGUAGAAGGCCUAUAGAUAUUAUGGGUAUAGUUGCUGGAAAAACCCCGAGUUCAAUACAUGAACACUACGUAGUUUUAUACUGUUUUAAUAAACCUUUUGGAUAAAAGUCGUGCGAUCGUCUCGAGCCGCAACGUUUGUUUCGCUUGUUGAUAUUAUUAAAGCUCGCGCUAUGUUUGCAUCUAGAUAUCGCGCGGUCAAAAACCCUUUAGAACCUCCUUUAAUUCAACUUGAGGGAGAGGGAGUAAAGGAACUUCGUAUCAGAAAAGUUACGCACGUGCUUUUCUGACGUUUUACAAGGCUUUUUCGUAGGACAUUUGCCAGAUUAUUGUUUGGUAAGAGGGUUCAAAGUCAGUAGUUGAUCAAGGUUAUCUCAGAUAGCCGGGUACAUGUAGCGGUGAUUGUUUUAGUUCUUAAUAAUCUGUGCAACGGACUUUAUUUCCUCAGGCUUGUCGGUCCAUGGUGAUGUGGGUACGCGCUAUGGAUUUGUAUGCUCGGGUGUUCCGUACGGUGGAGCCAAAGAAAAAGAGGUAUGUAUUAAUAAUUAAAACUGAAUGUCAUUCUCAGUGUUAUAUUCCAAACGUAAGUCUGUAUCAUUCGACUCCGAAUUUGAUUAUCAGCUAAUGUUGUGACAGUCAAUAAUUUUAGCGCGUUUGGUCACUGAUCAAGGUGGCUGUUGGAAGUACAGACAUUUUAACGAGCAUAAAUAAACACCAACCCUUGAGCCGUCCUUAAUCACAAGUUACCUUUCUUCAGACUUGCUGCUGCACAAGUGGAAUUAGAUGCUGUUAUGGCGACAUUAAAAGAAAAACAAGAUAGCCUGGCUGCGGUGGAAGAAAAGGUACCCGUAUAUAGAACGAUAGGGUGCGAGACAAAGAUUCUCUCUUCAGAUUACUUGUGGUUGACGGUUGUGGUGGUUCUUGCUUUUCAUUUUCUGUCAAUUUCUCCUUAAAUUUGAGCAUCAAAUACACAUUUAAGAGUGAGAUGUAGGGCUCUUGCUAAGUCUUGCAUUCUUAAUAAAGGGCUGAAGUUUGCCAACUGAAUUUCAGGACCUGGACGGAAAAAAAAUCGUUGAGUGAGAUUCUUUUUAAGGUAGCUGAAUGUGUUAUCGGCGUAAUCGGAGCAUUUCGUGGUUUUGAAAACUGCUGUUCUGCGCAGACCAUCUUAUUUCCUUUAAAGUUUGAGUCUAAUAAAAAUUACAGUGGUGAUUUGGACUAUAAUUUUUGUAAACAAAAAAUAUCUACGAACUGCGUCAAUAGUCGCUGCUUCGAUUAGCAUCGAAUGAGACCUGCCUAACAUAAAAUUUAAUUUAAUGGAUAAGAGUCGGGCAACUUUCAGAUACUGAUUGUACACAAAACAAGCCGCUCAAAGACAAUAUUUUGAAUAAGUAUGCUCCAUUCGAUUAUUAAUACUUACAUAUUUCCAACCAAAGAUUGCAGAGCUUCAAGCAGCCUAUGACAAUAGUAUUGCUGAGAAGGAAACGCUGACAAAGAACAUCGCACAAACUGCGGCUCGUUUGAAGAGGGCAUCCAAGCUAACAACAGCCCUGGGAGAUGAACAGGGACGCUGGACAGAGAAUGUGGCGGUAUGUCAUCAAUAGAUAAUCAGAAUGUUUUCAUUUAACGGUUUGUCUGUUGUAAGGCACAUCCCUGUUUCACAAAGUUCGAACAGCGUUAUAUUUUACUUUCGAACUCAGUGCACUCUUUCAUAAUCUGGUUUGUUCUUUGGAGAAUCGCUCGCAAGGAGGUGAACUCCUCUGAGAGAGGGGUGGGGAGAAGGGUAGAUUUGUCUGAACAUUACUGAGCGAAAUUUAAUGCUUACUUCCCUUUUCAAAUGUCAGGCAUUUGAAUUAGAGAUUGGUAACGUGGUCGGAAAUGUUUUCGUGGCAGCAGCUUGUGUGGCUUACUUUGGUGCGUUUACAAGUCUCUACCGCCAGGAGCUGAUCUCAUCUUGGAUCCAACGCUGUAAAGAAUUGGAAAUUCCUGUGUCAGAUGACUUUAGUCUCAUCAAUGUGCUGGCCGAUCCUUUUGAAAUAAGACAGUGGAAUGCAGAUGGGCUUCCGAGGGAUUCGGUAAGUUGGGAUAGGCUUCCGAAAGUAAGUCGUGAUACAUGCCCCAAUUCAGAUUUUUCCCCUUAGGUAUUGCUUAAAAAAAAGCUCGCAACACUUUUUUUGCAUUUCUUACUUUUGUUGUCGUCGAAGAAACAGAGAAAUUUUUUUCUUACACUCUUGUUUUUUUCCUUAGUAGCUUAUUUGUCAGCUUUUGUAAAUUAUUUUUCCUGUAGGUGUCAAUCGAGAACGCCAUUUUGGUGACCAGGGGCCGGCGAUGGCCUUUAAUGAUCGAUCCCCAGGAUCAGGUUAGUUUCAGUAAGAUUUACAGAACCACAAACAAAUAAAUAAGCUAGCGAGCGAAGAGAAAUCAGUCAGUAAGUCUGAUAGACAGACAGAUAGACAGGUAGACACUUAGACAGACAGACUGACUCAGUCAAACAGGCAUGGACAGACUGAUUCAGACAGACAGACAGACUUGGACAGACAAACACAGAGUAGACAGACAGACAGAUUAUCGGAGUCAAAACGAUAAGGACAAGUAUGUUUUUUGUUUUCUGACGAACUGUUUAGGCCAACCGUUGGAUCCGAGCAAAAGAAGCCAAGAAUGGUCUUAAAGUGAUCAAGCUUACCGACCAGAACUUCUUGCGUACCCUUGAGAACUGUAUCCGUAUCGGGAUGCCUGUGUUACUAGAGGAAGUCGGCGAGACACUGGACCCUGCUCUGGAACCAAUCUUAUUGAAACAGACUUUUACACAGGUAAAUUGAAAAAAUGUUGUCGUGACUGCCACAACCAGUCGUGUUGUAGACAUAGUGAUAUGGUUGUCUUUUGUUAUCUUCAUUGUUUUCUUUUGUGAUGCAGAUUUUCUUUUCUCGUGUAGGGUGGACGUCUGUUGAUCCGUCUGGGUGAUAGUGAUAUUGACUAUGACAAGAACUUCAAGUAUGUUACUCAUUUGUUACUUUACAUUUAACUAAAAUAUUGGAGAAUAGUUUUUUGGCUUCUGUUACAAUAGCUAUCAUCGUUAAACUAUUACAUUUUUCACUUUCAGGGAGAUAAAAAACCUUUUUCAUUCCACAAAAAUAAGCUCAACAACAUUGGUUAAAUGUGAUAAAAAAUUGUUAAACGUCACACAUUAAUUGUUAUCUGUUUUUUUUGACGUCAGGUUUUAUAUGACAACUAAACUGGCCAAUCCUCAUUAUCUACCUGAAGUGUGCAUCAAAGUGACCAUUAUUAACUUCACCGUUACUAAGUCAGGCCUUGAAGAUCAGCUGCUCAGGUAUUCUGACUUGUAAUUGCUGGAAUUUCUCGGGCUGAAUGUUUGAUUUUGAUAUAAAGCGAAAUUGAACGUUCAUGGUAUGAUUGUUACUCGAAGCUGAUUUCCGCAAAUUUCCUUUGCAGUGAUGUUGUUCGUCUAGAAAGACCAGAUCUGGAAGAUCAGAGAAAUCAGCUUAUUAUACGAAUAAACUCCGACAAAAACCAACUUAAGGCCAUCGAGGACAGAAUCCUUAAACUUUUGUUUCACUCUGAAGGAAAUAUUCUUGAUGACGAAGUGCUUAUCAACACUCUCAAUGAAUCCAAGGUGAGAGCACACGAGUACAUCACCUCCAACGAUCAUUAUUAGACAGUUUGACAGGUUAUUUAUGACAUCCUUUUUGCCUUAUCACUAGGUCACUUCUGGUGUGAUUAGCACUCGGCUGAAAGAGGCCGAGACGACUGAGGAGAAGAUAACAUUAGCGCGUGAGAAGUACCGCCCUGUGGCUACACGCGGCUCUGUCAUGUACUUUGUGGUAGCGAGCAUGGCCGAGGUGGACACUAUGUACCAAUAUUCCCUCAAGUACUUUAAGCAGGUGUGAUGUGCGCCUCGUUUUUAAGCAUAAGAGUAACAGCCAGUUGUGCCAUUUUGGCUCUGAUUGAAGAAAUUUAUUCUAUUUAUUUGUUUAUUUAUUUUAAAGCUGUUCAACACUUGUAUCGAGAACAGCGAGAAGACAGAUGACUUGGACAAGCGACUUCAAAUUCUGCUCGCCAAUUGCACUAGUUCUGUUUACACCAACGUCGCACGGUAAGAAUGCUACUCAUUAUAAAAGUUGAUAUGAAUUGAUGCGCCAUUUGAUAAAAAAGUUCCUAAAAGUGGGUUGUCAGUCUCCCGCCAAGACCAACACAAGGUUAUAACUGUCUCAUUGCUCUCUGAGUUAGAAAACCGAAGAGUUCACCUGACUGUGGUCGGAGUCCGCUAUUGGAAGCAAUCAAAGGUCUCUGAGGUUUUCAGUCAGAAUGGGUCAGUUGCUCCAUACUGGGGUUUGAACCCUCGACCUCUUUCGCGGUUAUGCGGUGUCUUUCUCUGAUUACUGUCAAAUUCCUGCUUUCUGUUAAAAGAAGAGCGCCGCACGUUUGAUUUAUUUUCAAUCGUUUACGCAGAAAAUUUGCAGUUUUUGUGGGUCUUAGUAACUAGCUUUCAAUGCAUGCCCCUUAUACGAUUAAAGGGACUAAACACCCACCCCUACUCCCAUGGCUUUACACCAAUUAAUACAUCCUUAAAGAAUUUAACAUAGUCUUUGCUACGUUGCUUUUAUAGUUUAAGCUGAAAUAUUAAUGUCUGAUAUGUGUUUUUUUUGGCCGGCGUGCCCUUGUAUUUCAGGGGUUUGUUUGAAAAAGACAAGCUUGUGUUCUCGUUCAUGUUGUGCGGUGAGAUCAUGCGUCAAAGAGAAGACAUAUCAGACGACGAAUGGAAUUUUUUCCUCAGAGGAAGUGGAAGCUUAGACAAGGUAAGUCAGUCAUAGGCACUUGUCAAAGGACACGUGUGUACGGGUCCUGCACAUCUGGCAUGUUAAAGAGGUUCUCGUAACACCCGCAGCAUUUCUGAAUCAAAUUGGUUUUUUUUUGUAUCAUUUAUCACAGGAACGUCCACCGAAGCCUGAUAUUGCCUGGCUAACAGAACAAACCUGGAACACUUGCUGUGAUCUAGAGGUACGUUUGGAAUACUUUUAGACUCCACUACAAGAACUGGCUUCAGCACCGUUUCAACUUAUUCGAAGCGCCCAAACAAACAGGCUAAAACAUGUUACGAAAUAAAAAAUUAUCACAGUUUAUGUGAAGAAAAUGAAGUUUUUUUCUGGCUAACAAGAAAUCGUAAGAGUUAUGUACACAUCAUGGCUUUUGUCAAAACAAAUUGAGGCUUGAACCAAUUGGAGCCCAUAAGCCUCCUGUCAUACCGGUGUGGCGCUUUCACUUACUUAGCCAUGAAGCUAAGUUAGGUCAGGUCUUAAUAUACCGGUGAGGAUUGAAAAUAAAUAGCUAUUCUGAAUCAGUAAACAUUACAAUGAAAUUGACGAGAUCUUUAUAGCACGUGACCAUCUAUCUUUUUCUUUUUUUAACAGUUUGUUUCUCUUUACGCUGAAUUCUCUUUUUGUUUUGUUAUUUAAUUGCUUUCUUUUAGGAUUCCCUACCGGCCUUUGGUGGCUUGAAACAGGAAAUAGUCAGCAAACCUGUCAUAGUCAAGAUUGGCUCGAUUGAGGUAAACACAGUUUUAUAAUUACGCUCAAUUAUCUUCACACUUGUUGUUAAAUAACCUUCCUGGCUCUUAAAUAAACGAACCCAUCAAGCCGUCAACUACCACUCUUCAAUCUGUUAACCAAACCAUUUACCCACUGACCCUGCAACCAGCAUCUAAUUUCUCCUCACAAUAUUACCACUGAAUCAAUUAUCGAGGUUGCAAGAAUAAAGGAAAUGAUCACUAACCUAAAGAAGCUAUUGAUUGUUCGACAAAUUCUCCCAGUCAGCACCUUAGGAAAUGUAUAGAGAACAGUAUGGAGAAUAUGCAUACUGAUGUUAGGGUGAAAAGGGUGAAAGGAUCAUUGUUCUUCUACGACUGAAAAUAUUUAAGAAGAUGUGUUCUUGAAUCAGGACAUACUAUAUAUUUGCACUAGAUAAAGUCUUAACAGUCAUAUCCGUUUUCCCUUGUAUCAGGCAUGCGCAAACUCUCCACUAUUAACGGCGGGUAAAGAGGAUAGUGAUGGUAGAUCAACAGCAACAAGUGAAAGUACAGAGGCGACUGAAGAGGCCGAGGAACAAUCCAGUCUGGUUGAUCGCCUCUCGAGUUUUCAAAAAUUGGUAUUUAUCAAAGCAUUCAGGGAGGAGAAGGUAAAUGUCUUUUUUGUGUGUGUUGCAGAAAAAAAAUCCAACCCUGAAAUUGUUGAAACGUUUUACUGUUCCCUCUUGUCAAGAUUGUAGACAGCAAAAUUUGAAACGCAUUUAAAGUACAUAGCAUUGAGGGGGAAGUGGGGUGUUUCAGCUACACAUGAUAAGGUUUUUCUUUUACCACAUUGCUUAUAGGAGAAGCAUGCUCUGAAAACCAUGUUUAAAAUUAUGUAUAGCAAUUUACUACUUUCUCUUGGUAUCCCUAAACUUGAUCAGUGUCAAUUUUCCUAUGUACUAUUCAAUGUUGGAGAUGUAAAUGUACGGUGUCUGCAGCAUUCUACUCCUUCGUUGAGUGUCGCGUCAAUAACAAAUUUCGUUUUUCGCUGCUAAGAUGAGAAACAGCGCCAUGGAGAGUUAGUUUUAAUGACGACUUUUCACAUUGUGUUUCAUUAUUCCGCAGGUGGUGUUUGCUGCCGUGGAUUUCGUUUGUGAGAACCUGGGCAAGACAUUUGUGGAGAGUCCGUCCAUAGACCUUAAUACUCUAUAUUCUGACGUAGGGCCAACCACGCCUCUCAUAUUCAUUCUUUCCACUGGCUCCGAUCCAAUGAACGCCUUCCUCAGAUUCGCCAGAGACAUGAGUUACAGCGAGAGGUAAAAUCGAAUUGCUUUGUUACGGCAUAUUUGUACAUCUGUUCCGGUUUAUUGCUUCAGCAAUUCAAAUGGUUUACAAGUGACUGACUAUGAAUGAUCUCUAAGGGAUGACACAAAAGGGUUUUACAAGGUUAGCCUCUACUAUUAAUAAACAUAUUUGUGCACUUUCUAUCUAGGAUACAGGCGAUCUCGUUGGGUCAAGGACAAGGGCCCGUAGCAGAGAAAAUGAUCGCUAAUGCAACCAAGACAGGAGACUGGAUCUUCCUUCAGGUAAGAGUUUUUUUUUACCAGGCGUGACUUGAUCAGUUGGUCUCGGUCUGGUUUUGAGAACAAAAGCAGAUCCAAAAAAGCUCACUCUAUUUCCAAGUUCUCCCCCUACAAUUCUCCUGCAAGUGUGUUUUGUCUUGCUUGAAGUUUUUAUUUGUUUUGUUCUCUUAUUAUACUUGUCGUUUCAUUUUUCUAGAAUUGUCAUCUCGCCGCCUCCUGGAUGUUGGCAAUGGAAACCCUUAUAAAGAAUCUAUCGUCACCAGAAGCGGAAGUGCACGAGGACUUCCGGUUGUUCUUGAGCUCCAUGCCAACAAAAAGUUUUCCAGUAACGGUUUUACAAAACAGUGUCAAAGUGACGAAUGAGCCUCCAAAAGGACUCAGAGCCAAUGCUAAGAGAGCAUUUGGAGAACUCAGCUCUGACUCUUUUGAAAACCAUAGUAAGAGCUACCUCCCAUCUUUUCGUUAUUGAGACUGUCGCGCAACACUUUUUUCUGACAGAAUAACGUGACUAAUCAAAAACGAUUGAAUAAAAAUCUUAAUAAUACUGCUUUUGACUAAAUAUACUAAUCUACUAAUAUACUAAUAUACUAUAUCUUCAUUUUAAAACACACCAUAGCUCCUUUAAGCUUUUACUGCUGAGGGUGACAAGCACCUAAUUUCUCCUGAUAGUAUCACCCCUGAAUCAAACAUGAAGGUCAUGAGAAUAAAGACAAUGAUCACUAACUUUAGAAGCUCUUGAUCGUUAAAAAAAUUCCUCCCUUUUAGUACCAAAAUGAAUUUGUAGAUGACAGCGUGGAAAAUAUGCAUAUUUACGUUUGGGUGUAGCUUACAUGAAUGCUGAAAGGUUCUUUCUUGUGAUCUGCAUAAAGUGUUUUUCUCCAGUUCAGGUGUUUAAUAAGUAUGUUAAAAUCAAUAAUUUCUUAGUCUACGUAAUCAGCCAUCCUGCUCAUUCUUCGAAUUUGCGCAGACAAAAAUUAAAUGGCUCAGCGCUGGCCAGUUAUAUUUUACUCAGUUGUUCAACCUUGCUGUGCCCGUUUCACAUCACUUCACGCAAAUUGCACUGUUGUAAACUACUCAGAGGUUCUCUGUUAAUUUCAUGCUACUUAACAGGACUUUCUUAUGUCUUUUUCUCCUGAGUGAUGUGUGGCCUUGUCUUUAAAUACGAUUUCUUUUAACUCGUAGUUCUCGGCGUAACAUGGCGGAAGCUGGUGUUUGGAAUUUGUUUCUUUCAUGCCAUCAUUCAGGAACGGAAGAAGUUUGGUCCACUCGGUUGGAACAUCAAGGUUAGUGUUAUAUUCGUCUCUUAAACUAGUAAGCGACUGGAUGCUGAAUUUUGAAUUGAUUUUUUUCUGUUUUUAAUGCAAAUAUCCUCACAAAAAUGGGAUAUAUCAUUCGAGAUACACAAACUGUAGGUUCCUUAUGAGCGCUACUAUACAAGGGACUCUUCAGUCGUGAAACAGUUUGGAUGCCUUCUUUCAGUUUUGCAAGUCCGUUUUUCUUCGUAAAAGAAAAUUAAGAGAUAGACUCCUAACAGAUUUUUGAAUCUAAAGUCUUAAAUAUUAAAUCAUAAAAGUUGCUAACGUAUCAAAUUUCUUUGUGGUUUUUUUUUUUAUUCGUUUCUGUUUUUAUGAAUUUGAUAAAGAUUUCAGUGGUAGAAUAUUAGUAUUUGAAGCACAUUUAUAUGUGUUUGUAGUAUUUUUUAAGUACAUGUUUAGUUUGUUACGCUACUUGAUAAUUUUUAUUGUCAAAACUUUCAUCGCUAGUAUGAGUUUAACGACUCUGAUCGUGAAUCAGCGCUGGACAAUUUAAAGAUGUUCUUAGCAGAAGGACAGAUUCCAUGGGAUGCACUUACUUUUAUCACAGGAGAGGUGACGUGUUAAUUACUUAUCUCGAUAGAUAGCUUGUGGACUGAAAUUCGUACAUAACAGCUUGAAGAGUAUCAGUAAGGAGAGGGACAGGGGAGAGGAGGGGAGGGGAGGGGCGGGAAGGGAAGUGAAGGACGUUUUUUUCUUUCCUCUUUUCCUCGUGCUGUUGUCGUCACUUUCCUGACUACAAAAUGGCACUCGCUUGCCAACAAGCCUCUUUCGUAGUGUGGCUAUUAUCCUGUUCGCCUCGUUCGUGUUGUCUUAAUAUACCAUGGAUUUAGAGAGCGCACUUCAUCUAAGAAUAGUUAACCCUUUCUCUCCCAGAUCUCUUUAGUAAUUCUCCCUACUGUCUGCCAUACAAUUCUUUUGAUGUUUGUUCGGAGAAUUUGGUAUUAGAUCAACCAAUAAUCCCAUAAUAGACAAUUUCUUUAUUCUCAUCACUUAUAUGAGUGACACUGUAAUGAUAUUGUAAGGAUAAAUUCUGUUAGGGUCAAUCAUGGGAGUUUAAGGGUUAAAUACGCCAAUUAUUACUAUAUCCAUCCUUUUGCCCACCAGUAGUUAUGGAAACUUGACAAGGUGGCUUUGAUUAUUCACAGAUAACCUAUGGAGGCCGAGUCACUGAUGCUUGGGAUCAACGGUGUUUGACCACAAUCCUCGGAAGAUUCUUUGCGCCAGCAAUAUUGGAAGAUGGGUACAAAUUUUCUGAAUCAGGUACUACAAGACAGCAUAACACCGAUCGUGAACUAUGUUAUGAUGAUGUGAAGCAGUUACUUCUGGCAAUUCAUAAGCCAUACGGCCUAGGUGUUAUGAGAUAUAUCAUAAUAAGAUCUCAAAACGAAUCUUUGGUACGCUGAGCUUCUCUCAUGUUUCACGAUGACUGACCAUUAUACCCUUUCAUGUAUGAUAUCAUCAGGUAUCUACUUCCCACCCGGAUUUGACGGUUUACCGGAGUACAGAGAUUACAUCGACAGUCUUCCCAUCGCUGAUGAACCUGAAGUGUUUGGAAUGCACAACAAUGCGAAUAUCGCUUUCCAGGUAAGAACAAAGUUUAUUUUUUGAUUUAGCCUCAUGCAUUUUCUCGAGUAGCUUAAGACGUAGAAGUCCAUAUCAGAGAUUGUUGCGUCUUUUUGGCUCCAGGUCAUGUAUUUGUAAGACUAAUUUAGCUUUGGACGGGUAAACUUAAACACCAUUAAAAAAAAAACUUACGGACAGGAGCGUAGUGGUUUAGAUGGCAGAAACUUAUCUGGACCCGCAACAUUGCUUCCCUUCCCCCCCCCCCAUUCCACCUUUGGGAGUUAAACGGGGUGGCCUGGUGUUUAACGCAGUUCUCUCCAUAUCAGAGGUCUAGGUUCGAUCCCUUGUGUUCUUUGAAAAGACAUUUUCCUCCCACAGUGCCUCUCUUCAUCCAAAGGAGUAUAGAAUGGAUUUUUUGAUCCGUUAGGGAAGCCUGAACUUGCAUCCCGGUAAGGGGUGUGAAUCUCCACACGAGGGAAGAAAUUAUUAAACGUUGAAGUGACUUGCAUAACACAUUACUCGACAGACUCAAGAGACCAAUGCCCUGAUUACUACAGUGUUAGAGGUACAGCCUCGUUUGGCCAGCGGAGGAAGUGGGAAAACAAGUGACGAGAUUGUGUAUGAACUAGCUGACAGUAUUCUCUCCAAGCUGCCUGUUCUGUUGGACAUGGAGAAAGCAGAUAAAGCAAUAUUUGACGUAAGAAUUCAAACUAAUCGGAUGUUCGUCUUACCUUGCUUUAUCGUAAUAUGGUAGCUCAAAAAGCCAUUUCGUUUCCUAACGUUUUGAUAUGGUAUGAAGGGAGAGGAGUUCUGAACAAAGAAAAGUAGAACUGAACCACAUGUUUCUGUUUUUGUCGAUGAUGCUAUUUACGCUGCCGUAGGCUCUUAUUCUUUGCCAUCUUUCCCCUGUUAAUUUUCUCCUUGUUACAUUUCAGACUGAUGAAAAAGGUCGAGUGAACUCACUCACCACUGUGCUUGGACAGGAAGUGGAUCGUUUUAACUCUCUUUUGAAAGUUAUCAAGGUGAGCUAAUAAUUUAUCUCCUUUCCGUUACUCGGGUCUAUCCUUAAACAGUACUAAUUGUGUGUGGAAGCCGGCGCUCGUUUGGGAGCGAGCCACACCAAGAGGUACUGUGUGUGUGUGUGUGUGUGUGGUUUCGGGGGUUUUAACUGGAUUUAGGUUACAACUGAUGUAACUGAAAUGACCAUUUUCUCAAUAUCGACUUUUCUUUUCACUUGUUGUAUUAAAGGACAUUUAGUAGAUCUAUUCGGAGAGUCUCAAGCGAGUGCUAAUCAAGUGUUGUAUCCGUCCACUGUAAAACUUCCAAGUUUGGACAUCUUGUUUGAUAUCUUUUUUUAUUUUCAGACUUCUCUACAGCAGCUUCAGAAAGCCAUUAAGGGUUUGGUAGUAAUGUCACUGGAGUUGGACAAAGUUUACACAAACUUUUUGAACAAUCAGGUGAGUCAGGUUCGAUUUCCCCCGUUUUCGUCCCCCUCCAUCUUUUAUUCAUAUGAAUAUGCAUAUUCUCAAUGCUGUUCUUUAUACAUUUCCUAAUGUGCUGACAAGGAGAAUAUGUUCAACAAUCAAGAGCUUUAGUUGGUGAUCAUUUCCUCUAUUUCGUGACCUUUCUGUGUGAUAUAGGGGUGAUACUGUUAUAGAGAAAUUAGGUGUUAGUCACUUUUAAGGGUAGACUUGAAGACAAAAAGACGCUUGCACUCCCAUUUUGUCCUGCCUCCCACGAGUUAAGAUGUCAGUCCGUUUAAGGGUGUUAUGACUGUAGUUCACAUGGUCUUUCCUCAGAUAACUGUAAAAUUUGUGUUUUCAAGGUUCCAACAAUGUGGGCGAACGCUGCCUAUCCAUCAUUGAAACCCCUUGGUUCGUGGGUGAAGGAUUUGCUUCUCAGAUGCAUGUUUAUUGAAGUAAGUGACCUCUUUUUAUUUUUGUGAGAGCGUGUCCCAGUAUUUUUAAUUUAAUUUUUUUAAUCCGGGGUUGAACUGCGAGAAAGGUAAACUGUAUGUUAAUAGUUUGUUAUUUUUUUCCCUAGUUCUAUUUCAUGAAGUUAUUCAACUAAACUGUCCAGAUACUAAAGUUUGGUUGAAUCUCUCAAUUUUACUAGCGUGUUAUUUAUUUCUACCAUUCUAGCAAUGGAUUGAACGAGGAGUACCCAAGUCGUUUUGGAUCUCCGGUUUUUUCUAUCCUCAGGGUGAGUGCUUUAUUUCUUUCUGUACUUUUUAUUUUCAUUGCUCUCUGCUUUCGUCAUUGAGUCGUUUUUGGCAAAUCGUUACUAAAGCUGUCGGUGAUGCUCCGAAUGUGAUUCGCUCACAAAGCGGUUUAAACGUAAGCAUAAUUUUUAAACGGAAGCAUAAUUUUAAGUGGCUUAACACCGCUCAGAGACGAAUCAGCAAGUUUCCAAACAUCUAAGUGUCACUCACAUUGCAUUAGACGAUUCAGAUAAUUGUAGUUAAAAUGUCUUUGGAAUGAGCUCAAAUUUUAAUCGCUAACAAUCUUACUGUUGUUACAUGAAGAAAUCAGUUCUUGAUUAUAUUGUUUUGCCAGGUUUCCUGACCGGAACACUUCAAAACCACGCUCGCAAGUACAAUCAACCAAUUGACCAGCUGUCUUUCCACUAUAACGUUCUGCCUCACUAUCGCAGCCAAGAGGAAGUCAGCGAGGCGCGCGCUAAACUUGGCCCAGACGACACUCUGCCAAUGGAUGAGGAGAUAGAGUCUCCCGAGGACGGAGUACUGGUACACGGUUUAUUCAUAGACGCCGCUCGCUGGGAUGAUGACAAAAUGAUGCUGGGGGAUGCCUUGGAUGGCGAGAUGAACCCGGUAAGUAUUCGUUUUAUCAAUGCUGGUUGGAAAAGUUCUCUGCUCGGGGUGCAACACGUAAAAAUUUAUGUACUUAAACCUGCAUUCCCGAUGUGUUUGUAUUCAGCCAUGCCCUAUUCUGCACAUGGAACCCCGGAUGAACUACACACCAGAUCCUUCGCUGUAUACAUCUCCACUGUACAAAACUUCUGCUCGAGCUGGUGUGCUGUCCACUACAGGUAGGCACAUACCACGAAAAAAGUAUUUACUUGUGCAUUUGUGAAAAGGGGCUUAAAACAUUGAUUGAAAAACCCAAUUUCUUUUGCAGGUCAUUCGACAAAUUUUGUGGUGGCGGUAUAUCUUCCUACAGACCUUUCCUCAGACUUCUGGAUUGAGAAGGGGACAGCUCUUUUGUGUCAGCUUAAUGAAUAGAGAAGCCAACAUUAUUUUGCAUUCUUGUAAAUAUGAUAGCAAUGCUCUCGAGUUGCUUAGCGUGAAUACUUUUUUCUUUGGUGUUGACAAAAAAACCUUAUAGCAAUGUGACUGUCAAUAUUUGCCAGUUCAUUCGUUUGUUUGUUUUUAGUCGCCAUUGACUCGCUUGAUGUUUCAUCAAAUCCCUGCGAUGUAGAGUAAAGGGACUUAUAUUUAUAUUUUACGCUUGCGAGGGUUGUGUAACUUUAAAAAGUGUGGUUUUAAGCAGUCAUUCGUACAUUAAAAGUUUUGGAGAGAGAGAAAAAAGUAUCACUCUUUUCGCUGCUCCUUCAGUUAAAGGCAAACUCGACCUCCCGCUGUGUCUUGGGUUUGGAAAACUGUUUCGAUUUCUGCCAAAACCCCUUGUGUUCAGAUGAUGCUGUGUAAACAAAGAAAAGCUCUGACUGUGAACAUGUGAAAACCGUUUAAGUGAACUGCAGAUUGAUAUGUGAGUGAUCUUCGCAGCAAUGAACUCAAGCUUUAUUGUUACAGCUGCUUAAAGUUGCGUUCACGAAUGUGGAGAUCACCUCAUAUUAAAAGAAAAGUUCUGCAUAUAUAAAUCUCGCGUAUCUGCGCGUAUUCUUUCAAUGAAAAAGAUAGACUACGAUAAAAUCAGUCUGUGUUCGUUGGCCCCACGAAUUGAUAAUUUCACCUUGUUUCCUUCGUAAAAUAGAUUUUUAAAACUAUUGAAUGCUCUUAGUACCCAG